AUGGAAUUUACAUCUUCUCUUGCUUUCCUUGGCAAACGGCUCAUAAACCACUUGAUACGAACCGUAGAGUCCCCUGUGCAAGACUUCUGCUCAGCUCUAUGCUACAUGGAACCCAAUUGCGUCAGCUAUAACGAAUUAGUGGCUAGCGGAUCUCCAGUAAUCACAAAAUGCGAACUGAAUAAUUCCACACACAAUGAACAUCUUCAGAAUCUCAAGUCUUGGACAAACUACAUAUAUAAAGCAACAAUAGUGAGUACAUUCUUUUCCUCUUUGUGCUUUUCGUUUAUCCUUGGUUUUGGUGAUUUUUGAUGAUUGAUUGGUAUCCUAUCAUGGCCAAGCGAAUAAAAUUACUUAUCAUUUGGUAGAUUCGUAUACAAAGUUAUAAAGCUCUACCUCGGGUUGUUUACCUUGUGAAUGUUUCGACGGUAAGUUGUGUCACUAGUAUGUUGCUUGGCUGGUUGCGCAAUGUUUUUUUGCAACUGGUUCGUAUGGUUGGCGGGUUACGUGGCUGGUUGUUUGGUUGAUUUGAUCUCAUGUGACAUUUCAAUUUUCAUUUCAAAGUAUCAUUACCAAUUACCACUUCAGUUGGCAUAUAUCUGCUUUUAAACCUCGUUUUCACACCAGAACAGUUGUGGACAGACUCCAUGCCAACAUGAUGGCACAUGUCAGACAGGACAAAGGUUACAGAUGCCUUUGUCCACCUGAAUACAAGGGCACCAAUUGCGAGGAAAGAAACGGUGGGUAAAAAAACAUUUUUCAUUUGGUGAAAUGCUUUUAUGAAAAACUCUACCUGACCCUUUAAGUUAUCUUUCCAUGAAUCCAAUUGUAAGUCUUAUUCAGCCAGCCAUUCGUCCGUCUGCUCCUCCAGAUGUCUGAAUCCACUUUUGUCCCUCCCGUUUUCCUAUACGAGAAAACGUGUGCUGUAGUGUAUGGUUUGUAUGUUUGAGUAGUCGCCCAAAUUACGAAGUACAUUGAAGAAGAGAGUGCCAAAAUUGUUGUUCAUGCCUUUAUUACUUCAAUAUUAGAUAACUACAACUCACCACUAUAUGGUCUACCUAAGCAUCUUCUUUCGAGAUUGUAAUCCUUUUAAAAUACAGCAGCUCGAAUUGUUACACGUACUAGGAUGUUGAUCGUAUGACCCCAAUCCUAAAAAAAAAAGCUUCGCUGGCUUCCUGUCCGUCACUGUAUAGUUUAUAAAAUUCUUUCAUUGGUCUACAAAGCUAUUAAUGGAGCAGUGCCUUGCUGCAUUAGUGACUCACUUAAUUGUCGCACCUCUAAACGGACACUAUGGUCAGUCCUCUUUUCAACACCUUCUGGCGACCACGAAAGUGAGACUAAAAGACAUUUUAAAACGUGUCUUUUUAAAAAAGCUCAUAACUCCUUUUAGUUUUAUUAGAUAGUAAAUAUGUUUAAUUGUCUCAGAAUUUUUUUCUAUUUGUUUAUUCCUGUAUAUAGAUAUAGAAAUUUUUUUCCUUUUUCCCCCUUUCUUUUAGCUUUUUCAUGAUCUUAACGCAAAGCACCAUGGAAAUUUAGUGGAUUUGGCGAUGUAUAAAUACAUUUUCUAUUAUCAUUUAUAAUACAUGUACUUAUGACAUCGGGAAAAAAUACUCUAACUUUAGUGAGGUUCCUCUCUUCGAUUCAAGAACGAAGGACAAGAAUGCUUGUCCUGGUAAAGGCCUUGCUUGGAAUCGAGAAUUCAUAAGAAUGACUUGUGAGAUUUUAAGAUAUGCACCCUAAGUUUGUAGAGAUGAAAUAAAAAAACUUGAAUAUAUGCUAGUCUAUUUUCAUUUUCGCUUUGCAUCCGUUCCUACAAUGGUUGGCCUCCAGGUUCAUGGAACAUUUGAGAAUGAAACUGGCGAGUUAUAAUUCAAAUUCUGCUUCUAUUUUCUUAUGUAAGAUAUCUCAAACUGGUAUUAGUCCUGUGAGCAUUCGCCCUUUUUGAAUUAUAAAGUUUAAUUUUCUGCCCUUAACACUUGUUGGAAAACAAAACUAACAUUGAUUUUCGAGAAUGCUUUGUCAUUCCCGUCGUACUCGUAGGUUUUUCAUGGACUUCAUAAUGAUUUUAAUAUCCAGAACCAAAUGAUGCUCAGCAGAAAGUAAGGGAGGUAACAAGGUAAUUAAGUAUUAUCAACUGAGUUGAUAACCUAAAUUAGCCAAUGUACAGAGGCUAAAGCUUACGAAUCGAGCGUCAGCCCGUAGUUACUCGCUCUGACGAAGGGCGAACGCUCUAAACGUCAGCUUUAAAACUCUUUACGGAUUCCAAUCUACGUUAUUAACUCAGUUGCUAAAACUAAAUUACCCUGUGAUACUCUCCCAUCCACGCAGCACCAAAAUUUCUUUAGAAACGCCCCCCUCUAGUAAAAGGAAGUUGGGUUUCUUCUCCAUAGAGCACCUUAUGCAUAAUCCUUUUGACUUAUUUGGAAAACAUCCACAGGGUAACAAAUAGAAUAAGAAAGAUGGUUAGAUUUCGAGCCCGCUAAAGAAAUAUACAUGUCCCCAUGAGAAUCGGACCUCAAAUCUUCGGAAUCCGCCCUCCGAUGCUCUACAACUGAGCCACGGAGAGUCUGUGGUGGGCAAGGCCCACUCCGAAGUUCAUGCAUGAUACGCGUCCAGCAAACUGCUAGGAUCAGCGAUGUCGUUAACGUCAUGUUUUGUUAAUAGCAAAAAAGAAAGAUGGUAAGAUUUUGGGAAUGAAGGAAGCUGUUUUUUCAUCUUGUCUCGGGCGUGGGACGAAGAAAAACUCUGAGCCCUCACGAGAAAUCGAACCUCAGACCUCCGGAUUCCGUGUUCCGAUGCUCUACUAUUUAGCCACAGAGACUCUAUAUGACUAUAGACUUCUAUACUAUAUUAAAGUUCAUAUAUCGGACACCCGUCCUGCAUACUGCUACUAUCAGGGUAACAAAGGUCAACAAAUAGCGUAACAACAGGGUAAUUGUUUUCAUCAAGAGAAAGUAAUGGUCCCAUUAUUUCUUUUGUUUUUAUUUUUAAAUUCCAGUUUUACAGGAAAAGAAGUGGCCAAUAUUCGUGGGUCAUGUGUAACGAGUAAAUUGUCGCGACAAAUUUUCGCCAGUAAGUUGUCACGUGUGAAUUGAAAAAAAGGGUCGUUCAGUUAGAAAAAAAGCCGUUUGUAAAGGGCAUUGUCGUAAUAAAAUCUGUUAUUAAUCUCACACCUUGAAAUUCAAAAAAGAGAUGGGGGAGAGAAGAGUCAGCUGGGAAGAGCUGAGAAGAAGGCAAAGGGCAAACAGCAUUGAGGGCCUCUGGCCACGAUGAGGAUGGACUGAAUUAUGGUAAAUAGUAAUAUAAAUAGCAACACAAAAUUAACACCAACACAUUUCUUUCUUUAAAACUUAAAGAGCAAUAAUUCGACCAAAAAUUUUUCGCGAACUGAAGGACGAAAGGUCUUGAAUCCACACUGUCCUCAACGAAAAUAAUGGGUCGGGCGUUGCACGAUUUUUCAUUCACUUUCCGUCAUUCAAUAUCCUUCAUUAUCCAGAUUAAUAACCUCAAACGUUUAAAAAAUAAACGAAUGACAUUGUAGUACAACGUCUAUCACAUAUCAAUUUCAGAUAGUGCACGGUUGUCGUUCCCCGCUUCGUAUAUGUUGUAAUCAAAUCGUUUUUCUUUGUUUUCAGAUAUGAUAGCGGAUCACAGACCAGUUUCGAUAGCCCGUCUACAAUAUUAUAGAUCAUAACGCCCCAUAAAUUUAAAACUGCCUUUUUUUGGUUUGAAUGUUUUUUUAAGUGCUUCGAGAACAUUUUCCACGAAAAAUGUCGAUCGCAGUUAUUAAUGUAACUCCAAAAACUGACAAAUUUCCGAAUAAUUGAAUAGGAUCAUGACUUUUCUAUUAAUUUCAUGUUUAUUAUUACCAAAGUUGGUAAUAAAAUAAUUAUACGUCGAACAUUUCGUGUUUAUCUUUUUUGCGCGGGAUGCAUUUUUUGAUCUUUCACAUUUUGAAAGUAUUUGGAUCAAAAAGUCCAAUAGAACUUGAAGGUUUAAGUUUCUGUUAUUCUAAGAAUAUCGAAUAAUGUUCCCUAAGAGACCUUAUUCCUUUUUAUUGAGCACAGCGGAAAACAUCUAUUUGCGUCAUUUGCGCUAAUGUCCACAUAGAACUGACAGCUGCUGAGAGCUUUGUUUGAUGUAUUUUCAUGAUACGCUUUCCUUCAUAACAAUAGGUCGGUUUGGGCUGCUUAGUCCACUGCUGGGAGCUGGUGAUCGACUUAAAACUUUUAGCACACAUGCGGGGAAGAAAUAGAAGACCGUAAUCUUGAAUUGACUUGCUUGACGUUCGGUCAAGGUGACUGGAAAACUGCCAAUCGUUUUCCAUCGUUCGAUUCAUUUAUGAGUGCAAUCUUAUUUCAUAUAUCACUUUCAUUCUCUUCGCUGAUGCAGAACGAAUAAAAGUUACAAAUAAAUUAAGUAAGGUAAACAGCCACGUUCAACCUCCACCCAUGACUGAAACUCAUUUUUGUAAAAUUAAAGAGUAUUUAACGAAGAUUUUUAAGCGCAUCCUACUCAGAAAGUUGGAUAUAAGAUGCAAAACACAAACAACUUCGACCACCAGUUAGGUCAAUUAAAAAAUCCUACUUUCCCAACUCUGUUCUCUCAAUAACAUGCACAUAUUACACUGUUAAGUUAACUUCCAUUGUAGUUUAGCAAACGGAAUUUGAUGUGUUUUCAUCGAAAGGAGGUAGAUUUUUACCGCUCUCAACCAUCUCAGAGAAUUUCGUUUUACCUUAGAACAUUGCUGGAACAUGAAAGAGUAUUUUAUAAGUUCUAAAGAAAGCUAUUGACGCAAAAGUCUUUAAGGACUAGUUUAAAAUACUCUCUUCAAAAAUUUCACCAAAAACUUAAUGACCCAGUAUGGUUGGAUUAUUGGAAAAAUUUGCAUAACUGUUGCGUACAACUUGUAAAGUUUCUCUAGUUUGAAAAUUUAUGGCGUCGCAACGUUCGCUCAUUUGCCAUUUAUCAAAAACAACUUUGAUUUGGAAAGAUCCUUCUUAAUCUUUUCGUCGACUUCAAAUGCCAAGAUCAAAACUUUUUACAGAGGAAGAAAUAGUUUUUGCCGUGUUAUUUCUGGAAAGAACCUCCUUCAUACUCACAAAGGCUGGGUGUACAUAACAGGUGGCAUCUGUAAACAGUUAAAAAAGAAAUGAUAACUUGACUACUAUCCAUCUGAGAUAUAUAAUGUUCAACUUUCAAAUUUACUUAUCUUCCGGGAAGGGUCGAUUUAUCACGUUUAUACUGAAUUUAUCAGGAAAAACAUUUUUAAUCUGCUGCGUGAUGUCAGGAAACAAUGGUACGUCUCAUUGCGUAUUAGCAUAAAUUACCUCGACUCGAGGGAAAACAAAACUAACUGUUUCCCUCGGGACCAUACCUUUAGCGUGGCGAAUGCAAUUUUUUUUUUUUUAUAACUUCUCCACUAUGACUUAGAUAAGACACUUUAAAAAGAUUGACAGAUCGCUUCUCUUUACGGAUUUUGUCCCAUCUCCCCUAAAAUAAUAUCGCUCCGGAGAAUUCAUGAGGAUGCCUUGCACGAUUUUAUGCUAUUCAUCACAAUCAUAAAGAGAUUAAAUAAAGAAGCUAGAGUAUAUGCUGGUCUACUUUCAUUUCUUUUCAAUUUCUAUUUUAUCUUACUUUAAGUUUUUGUUCGCGAGUAGAUUUUGGUAACUCGAUCUGUUUAAAUUUUCCAUCACAUUUCUUACAACUUUUCAUACAGUAAUUAGCUUUCGGGUUUAGGAAACAUUUAGGGAUGAACCUGGUGUGUUGGAAAUUUAGUUCCUACUCCUAUUUUCUACUGUACGUUAUCUCAAAGUCGUAGUAGUCCUGUAAAUGUUCGCAUUCUAUGAACUUUAAUGAUCAGUUUGCUUCCCUUAACAUUUGUUUGCAAAAAAAUUGACAUUCCUUCCGCGAAUCCUUUGUCAUUAGCGUCAAGUACCUGCAAUUUUCAAAUGGACGUAAUAAUGAUUUACAUAUCCAGAUGUAGAUGCUACUCAGAGGGAAGUGAUCGAAGUAGUUUUUUCGUUCAUAAAAGGCCUUAUGCAAAAACAGUUUUAGCAAAUUAUUUAGAAAAGAAUCCUUGAUGAACUCAUUUUUUUUGUUUUCUUUUUUAAGAUGAAUGAUUUGGUGCAAAGUGUGUUUUCUUUUCUCAAUCCAAGGUUGUUUGUUAAAUUUAUCUUUGUCAGUAAAUGCAUAUGGUGUUUAUAUAAUAAACAAAAAAAUAGAUGGUUCCCUGUAGAUAUGGAAUUUCCUGUCUCGUGUUCAACACUCACGAGUGAGUGCAGUGAACGAGAAGGGAAAUUAUCUACGCGCGCCCAUCUAUUGUGGAAGACAAUAAUGGUUAGAGUAGGAAUAGUGGUAAUUAGACCUAAUAAAUUAUUAAAUUCCCCAUUAUCCCCAUAAACAUCCUUAUUUACCUUGAAGCUUAUCCGCAAUUAGAAGAAUGCAUAUACCAAAGAAGGCCUCACUGUCAGUGUGUUACCGUGUGUUAAAGACCUUGGAACCUCGAGAACAUGCGAGGACAUGUAAAUCAACCAUCACUAACGUAAGAAAUUACCUAAAGCUUGAUCGUGAAACUAAAACCACUUUCUUACUUAGAUAUAAAAGUAAAUAUGUUCCUAACUAAACUCAGGGUCAGAAAACAAAGUAAAGAAAACUUGGAGAAUCUCGCACAAUCAUCGAUCAAGCUUGAACUUGUCGGGGAAAAGGAAUUUAACUUAUUUCUGAUAAACGACCACCACCACCACGACCGUUGUGCAUCAUUGAAUUGAUAAAUAAUAUCGGAAUGUAAUGACUCGAAGUUUUCUUCUGAUAUUAGUUAACCUUAUCAUUAUUUUAACGCAACGUGGCUGAGAUUAGGAAUGCCCCACUUUAUUUCAUAAUCCUCUUAAGAAUUGGAAGGUAAAGAAUCCAAAAAGAACACUAUUCACAGACGCAAUUUUUGACUACAGGCAAUUUUGAAAAAGAAGGAAAACAGGUUGUCUAGCCCUCUUAGAUAUGUUUAUACCAAGAGAGAAUGCGUCUGUUAUAGACACGAUAUGCAAAAAGGCGGUCGUCAGAUUCCAAGAGAAUAAAGGGAGUUUUGAGUAGUUUAAGAACACCUGGUGGAGGGAGAUAUCCACACGCUAAAUUUUUAUAAUAUUGUUCUAAGGACUGAUUUCGGUGUCUGAUACGUAUGUUAACAUGUAAAGAUAAAGAGUUAUUCUUAAGAGACCCAAUUCUCUUCAUCGAGCGAAGCGGAUAACAUCCAUUUGCGUCAUUUGCUUUAAUUUCCACAUAGAACUGACAGCUGCAAGCUUUUUUCUUUAAUUCAUUUUCAUAAAACGGUUGCGUUCACAAAAAACAGGUCGAUUUUGGAAGUUGAAUCCACUGAUGAGGGCUGGUGAUCAACUUAAACUUAUGCCAUGUAUGCGGGGUAGAAACAGAAAAUCGUUACCUCGAAGCAGGCACGGAAUUUGUUUAAUUUUUCAUGAUCGUAGCCUAGAAUGCAUUAUUGAAUUAUAGAAAAGGUGAGUCGCAGACGGCGAAGAAAGUUUUAUCCUUCGAUUCACGGAUGAGAGCAACCUUAUUUAUAUUUCUCCUCCUUGCUGAUACAAAAAGAGUUAAGGUAACAGCAACUAGCAAAGACUAAGUCAAAAAUCAACAACGAUGGCUUGUCUUAUUGGUCAUUGGUCUAAAUAACCAAAGACGAUCAUGUAAACUCGAAUAUGAAACUUUAAAUUUUCAAGGACCUGUAUAAUGAAAAAAGCGAAAAAAGGUUUAUAGAGGAAAAUGAAUAUCUUUUUCAUGACUUAGCGAAAACACACGAAAAUGCUUUCUAGAAACCUUGUGUCUUCACCAAAGACAAGUGUUCAUCGAUGCUACCAAAUUUUGUUCUCGUUUCGUUGUUGUUUUUAAUGUUUUUGGGAGGGAGUCGGGGCUAGAGUUAAUUAUCUAAGGCCCUAUAAUACAAAAAAUUAGAAAUGUAGGAUAUAACUGCGGUAACAGCGGCAUCAAAAAAAACAAAAAAAAAACAAUUAAAAGCAUUAGUUCAACUUUUCUUUUCCUUAAGCAUUUUAUGUGUUAACCUUCUUUAUCGAAAUAGAUGUCUCAGCUGAAAUAAUGAGGAAAUCUCUGAGCACGAAAUUGAGACAUGGAAAAUUGUCCUAAAUACCUAUGUUCUCAGAUAGGCAAAGCCGCAGUGAGUGAGUCAGAUAGGCAAAAAUCCGCAAAUGAAGGUAGUAUCAAUUUUUCUCCAUGUUCCCGUAUUCUCCUCAGUGGGCUGGUUAAGUUACAAGACAGCACAGUAAAAGUAAAGUUAUAAGGAGAAAAAACCAUUGAAACCGUUUCUUCAUAAAUUCCUGUUCUUAAGAAGACCGUAGAAAAUGAAAUGGAGGCAAUGCAUAAUUCAAGGCACGAAUAAAAUGUAGUGAAUGUUUUGCCGCCUUGAUGUUCUACAAGUCUGCUGCUCGACGUUCUUACAUGAUUUUAAGAACCUCAAUGCGGCAAUGUUUCCGUGAUGGCUAUAAAGAUUCCAAGGAUUGAUAUAUUGAUAUUGAUAUAAUGAUUUGAGUAAUACUUUCCCUGGAAAAUAUAUAUUCUUUACGAAAAGGUUUUUAAGCCGCGGCUCCUUUAAUUCUGCAUACGAAAGGAAAAUGGUUGGCUUCACUCCCAAAUAAGGGUAUGGUGCAAUUUUAAAAGAAAAUUAUCUUGAGGUCUUUUUCAACGAAAGCAGAUCAUCAAUACUCGAGGUUUACUAACUAAACCUUUACAUGAUUACUUCUAUGCACCACAAAAGUUCUGGUAAAUAAUAUGUUGCUCUGUUUAUCUAAAAAAAUUACCAAAAGGUCGCUAAAGUUUGAACCCCGUCCAAAAUGUUGAAUGUGUUAAGAACGACCUAGAAAGGAUUAUUCAUCACAUAUAGUUUGGAAGCCUUGUAUUUGAAUUUUUCUUCCCCUUUUGGUUACUGAACUUUGUAGAUGAAUAAAGGGUUUAAACAAUCUUCGGGAUUUUCAUUUCAUAACUGAAUGAGGAUAAUCAGCAGCUUAUAAAUGUUAAUUAGCCAACUUGUUAAAGAUUGUAUUUUUUCUCGCUCAUAAUGAGACUAUGUUAUUUAAAUCUGAAGUUUUUGUGGAGUGUGAGUCGUUGUCACUUCACAUUUGGAACCAAUAUUUCGAAAUGAAGAUUUUUAAUGCUUGAACAUUCGUUCUUCUAUGGGGGCGUAAAUUGAUCAGGCCUAUCAGGAGGACAUUUCAAAAUGCCUUAAGAAGAUCAAAGUUAUCAUUCCACAGAAACCGAAGGAGCCUUCAAAAUUAAAGUUUAAUGUUAAGAGCUGUGCUGAUCUUCCUUGGCAAUUGACAUCCUAUCGAGCCUUGUGCAAAUUGUUUACUCACAUCAUGAACUAGAAAGUGCCUGAACGAAUUUACAGAUAAGGUUUUAAUAUGCGUGUAGUAUUAUUGCUAUAUGGCUUCAUCUGGUAUCAAACAAGUUUUGUUGAGGGGAAACUCGUCUUUUUUUCUUUCUAUGAUCCUAUUCUCAAUAUUUUCAGAUUCAGCUCAAGCAAAGAUGUGGUGGCUGUUCUGCCAUUUAAGAUUCGUCCUUUUCGCUUCUACCAUGGGGUUUGUCGCAGCUAACGAUCAAUGUAGGACAGAAGUAAACAUACAAGGAAUGGCUCUCGAGAGUCAUGUCUUCAAAAGGUGGUCACUGGCGGUUCCUCAUCUUUGCGAUGUCAAAUGUGGACAAGAGAUCACGUGUCAAAGCUAUAACUACAAUCGAAAAUACCAAAUAUGUGAACUAAAUAACCGCACCAAGGAGGCGAGACCAGAGAAUUUCCUUUCAGCACCCACGUGGUUUUACAUCCGGCGAUUGAACGGCAGAGGUGAGAAAUCAAAUGUCUCUCUAUCUGUGUGAUUUCUAUUUCUCUUAAAUCUUCUCCAUCCUCAGCCUGGUUCCUUCUCACCUGGAAGGGCUAAGAAUAGGAAGUGAAUGUAAAACAUAUCUUUACUGCAGCUCCCUUAGGUUCUAUCCCUGAAUUACCGGCGCUGUCUUGUCACGAAAUAAAGGCGAGUGAAGGUAAACACACCAUAAGCGGCAAGUACUGGUUAGAUCCAACUAGGAAAGGAAAGGCAAAACUGAUUUACUGUGAUAUGGUUAACGAAGGUAGGUCCUAUAACUUUGCUUGAGUUAUUUUAUUUUGUGGCGAGUUAUCAGUAUCAUGAAAUUAUUAUAAAUUAUACUAUUAUUGAUAUCAUUAUCGUAAUAUUUGGUUUGGAUCAUUUCUAGCGUGGAUGCCUCUCUCAAGUUGCUCUAACUUACUCACAUUUUAGAUAUGGAUGAAUGUAAAUUUAACAUCAGUGACUGCGACGUGAAUGCAAACUGUACUAACACAUAUGGUUCUUACAAAUGCACAUGUAAAGUGGGAUACACUGGCGAUGGACGCUUGUGUUCAGGUAGUUUGAAUAUUUCCAUAUGUAACUAAUUUUUGUUAAUCGUCUCAUAAUUUUAUGCAGCGUUAUCCAUGCAUGUUUAUGCAAAGAGUUACCACGAUCUACACAUUUUGUUACACAUUUUUUAGGAAGAGGAAUUACAUGACUGUGGGUCAAAAAAUGAUAAAGUGCAAAAUUUAUCGAUAGUUUCUCAGAUAUUUACGAGCGUAAAGGAAAUCACUCUUGUCACGUGAAUGCUACAUGCACGAACACCAAAGUAUCGCACGUUUUUACUUGUCACCACGGAUAUACUGAAAAUGGAAGCGACUGCACAGGUACUUAAUGCGUUUCCUUUGUAACCAUUCCCAUUAGAAAGAAAAGCACUAUCAUCUUUGCAAGAGUUGUUUUACCAGAAUACCUUGUAUAAAAAGAGAUGAGUGUAGGCCUGAAGACAAUGGCGAUAAUGACACCAUUGUAUUCAAUAAACAUUCAGUGGUAAAAAAAUCUCAACUGGCAAAGGGGACUUGAUGGAUAGGCUUACAGGACAGAACAACGGAUUUGAACUUGGGGAAACCGAGUAAAAAUCUGGUAAGUGGUAACGUAAGUGCUCACGUCUAGAACCACAAGACAAAGACUUCUCAGCUUAUGCCCCGCAACUUUUCUCCAAUUACAUUUUUUUUUUGUUUAUGAUUUUUCAGAUAUUGACGAGUGUAAAGGAAAUCACUCUUGUCACGUGAAUGCUGCAUGCAUGAACACCCUUGGAUCACAUGUAUGUCAAUGUCAUGCUGGAUAUACUGGAAAUGGAGAAAACUGCACAGGUAAAUUUAAUCUCUUAUCUACAAUAUAGUAGAAUAGUCCUGCAUGACACGUUCGACUACAGUGCCGCACCAUCCAGUUGCGUUGCAAGACAAUUAGACAAUUUAUCACUAAGAAACUCGGUCAUUUUGUCCUCACGUGUUCACCUCCUCGAGUGUUCGAGUCGCUAUCUUAUGAGAAUAUAAACUGUUAUAAUCUCUUGGUAUCGAGUUGAACAAGAGAAGAAAAGUUACAUGACCGCAAGCAACCAUGUACUAUUUUGAUUAUCAUGUAAACACGAUAGGCCUUUACUGAGAAUGAAAGGUGACUUUUUUAAAGAAUGAUAUGAUUGGUUUCACAAUCCGCGAAAAAAAAUCAUAAAGCGCGUCGGCGAUAAGGGUCAAGAUGAAAGAAUGCGUUGAACCAUUACAGAAACAGACAAAGGGCGUAACUUUCUUUUUACAAAAUUCUCAGUUGAUUUUUUCCUUACCGAAAGAAAAAUAUUUUCAUGUAAAAGAUAAAAAUAGGCCUUUAGUAAGAAAAAAAUAUAAUUUUUUAAGGAAUGAAAUUAGAAGUUUCAUAUUCCGCGAAAAAAAAGUCUACCAAGGAAGGCUAGCAAGGCUAAUCUUUGACGAUUGAUAUCCGACUACAGUUUGGAACGGUGUCUAGAGAGAGAUUCCACUGCAGUGGAAGUUUUUGUUUAGUCUAAAUUAAUAAUUAAUUUGUCACAAUGAUAAAUAACUUAAUGACCUGUCACCUCCUAAAAGUUUAAAAAAACGAAUGUAUCUCUCACUCGUGUAACCACUAACGUUGUAUAAUUUUUCUUUUCUUUCCAAUUUUUUUAGAUAUUGAUGAAUGCCAAGAAAAUACUCAUAAUUGUCACCUGAACGCUACUUGUCAAAACACAAAUGGAUCCUUUGUGUGCACCUGUUUAUUUGGAUUUAACGGAGAUGGACGGAACUGCACAGGUAAAGGCCUUUAGAUUGUAAUUGCCUCGUUAUGACUAUUUGUUUGCUUGUGUUUUUAUUUUCAAUUAUUUGUUUAUUUUGUACGUACCUUCUCUGUUUGUUUGUUUGUUUUGAUAAAGUAGUUACCCUUGCCUUAAUAUUUUUGACCAAUGGUAGAAAAUGAUCCCAAUUGAAAGCAAGAGGACGAAAUGCACUCAAUGCUCAAAAUAAGGAGAUUUAUACAUGUAUCAUACUCCAAGAAUCGUGAUUGAAAGCCUGUCAUUUCUCAGAUAUUGACGAAUGUGCAAGAAAUCUUUCUUGUCAUGUGAAUGCUAACUGUACCAACACAAUUGGAUCACAUGUAUGUAAAUGCCACACUGGAUACACUGGAGAUGGACAAACUUGCUCAGGUGAUUUUGAUAACUUUUCUUCAAUGUCCAGAAAAGUCCUUUAUGUGCGAAGAGAGACAACCUCCAUUGCUGCUCUUUCUAUACAUACAAUCCCAGCUACUCGAUGCGGGAGGUAAUCUGAAACGUCUUUUUAGCUUAAAUUAUAAGGCCGGAAGUAGUCAAACAUUUAUCCUAAAAUUCAUCCCUCAAUAAAAAUUGUGGAUUGUUUUGUUUUGUCUCACAUCCUUUGAGAUUAGAUUUGCAGUAUUUUGGAUAGUUAUUCAUUAUAUCUUGAUUCACCAAAACAUUUUUCAUCAUAACAUCAACUCUGGGUUGUGACGUGGUGCACUUGAUCCCCAUCAGACAUUGACGAGUGUUCACAGAUGAACAUCUGCGACAAGAACGCCUCUUGCAGUAAUACCCAGGGCUCCUACAGCUGCGCCUGUAAUCCUAAAUACACUGGGGAUGGUCUGACUUGUAAAGGUUAGUCUCUUUUGAUCCAUGCCUUAUAUAUUUUUUAGAGAGGGUACUGGCUGAACUCGCUGUAAAUAAUGUUGAGUGAAUGGCUAUUCUUGUUUGGCCAUGUAACAAAUCACGUUAGUUUUUAGUACCUUUAGUUUGCUUGGAAACGUCCAUCGACAAAACAUCGGGGAUAAAGAAAGAUAAAUUUGAUUUUUUACAUCAUAUUUUUGGACUUGAAGGCAUUGUUUUUGUCCACCAGGGGAGAAAAUAAUUUAUUCUUGAUGAUGCAUAACUGUUCUGCAAAUGCAAUCAUAUUGAUGAUGUCUCAAUUAAACAGAAUAGUCUGAUUGGUUAAAAUCGAUGUUGACCGCAGUUACGAUUUUCUCACUGACCUAAUAAGAUGAUUCCUCAGGAAAAAAAAAAAAAGUCAUCUAACAUUUUUUAGCAUUUUUUUUCUGCCUUUAAAUAUUUCCUACCAAUGGCUGUUUCGAAAAAUGCAAUAAGAAAGGCAGGUCACCUUGCUUGUUUGAGAGAAAUGACGGGCAACACUUACCUCAUUUAUGCCUACUAGCAAUUUUUCCCGCGCGUCAUUUCAAGGUACAUUUUUAGGUAGCUGGAAUAAAGGGUUUCCGAAGUAAAAAUUAAAAGAAAAAACUUAAAAGGUACAAAGUCUCGAGCGUGUGGAAAAUUUGAUAUGUAAUUUGUGGAAAUUAUUUAUAUAUAUUAGUAAUUAUUAUCACGUUCCUCACGUCGUUGUUUUCAAGGUAAUGAUUUUCAUCAUCAAGUAACAGGCUUUGUGCACGUUUUUAGCUAUGUUUUCUUCUUUUUUUUUUUUGCCUUCGACAAUUUUCUUAAUUUCUCCAAGUUAAAGGGGAAGAUUUGUACAAAAAAAUUAUGCAAUGAAAAAUAGAGGUCACCCCGCUCGUUCAAGAGCUAAAGAGCAUUGUGCCUGUUUGCAUGGUCCAUUUAUUGAAAAGCAAUACCGUGUUCUCGGAAUGUGUGCGCUUACUUGCCUGAAUACGUGAUUUUUAUGCGCAGUACAGGAUGCCCAGUGCAAUACUGAGGAAUCACCUUUAGACUGAUAGCAAGAUUCAGUUUGUUUUUUUUUUAUCUAAAUAGUAAUUAAUGGAAGAAUAUCUGUCUAAAUAAGGAAAAAGUAGACAAAUUUGAGUGUAGCCGACGAAACUACGAGCAUAGCAACUUGACUUUUUAAAACGCGAAUUUUUGUCGGAUGCACGAUUUGAUUGGCUGUUAGGAAACACUGUCGUCCAGAGCAUGUGUUGAGAAAAUAUUUAUCAGUCAUGUUAUAAACAUACAACAUUUACCUUUGAUAGAAAUAGUAGAGAUGGUAAGUUUUGAGCUCGAUGAAGAAUUAAGAAAGAUGUUUUUUCGUCUCGUCGCGAGCGUGGGAUAAAGAAAAAUUCUGAGUCCCCAUGAGGAAUCUUCUUCACCGAGCUCAAAACUUAACAUCUCUACUAUUUCUAUCAAAAACAUUACGCUAUCGACAUUGUUGAUCCUAGCAGUAUGCAGGACGCGUGUUAUAAGAACUUCGUAAUAGACCUCGCUCACCGAAGAGUCUUUGUGGCUCAUUGGUAGAGCAUCGGAGCGCAAAUCCGAAGGUCUGAGGUUCGAUUCCUCAUGUGGACCCAGAAUUUUUCUUUAUCCCACGCUCGUGACAAGACGAAAAAACAUCUUUCUCAACAUUUACCUUUCUCUGUAACGUUAUUAGAGAAUUUUGCUUAUAAUAUAUAGGGCACGUUUUCCCUUGUUUACAUUUUCUCAUUUAAACACUCGAGGCUUGGAAAUUUCUUCAAAGUUAUGCAAACCCUUGACCGCGUAUCGGGUUCGCAUAACUUUCUCAAAUUCUCCCAACCUCCUCUCGUAUUUAGGUGAGAGUAUGUAAACAUGGAAAAAAGGUUUUCUAUUCCUUAAGCAGUAAUCAGCUCCAACAAAGUUUUCCAGGCAUAUCUGCACAGAUCAAAGGGAAACUAGUUACUUCACUUCAAUUCCACUAAGACACAGAAAACUUUUUCACAGUUAAAUAAUUCUAGCCCAGGGAAAUUUUUGCGGGAGCACUUAUUAACAAGUUUGAUGGCUUUACAUUCAUCAACAACCUUUUUUUGUGGUCAGCAGUCGAUGAUUGCAGGGCUUUAUGAAAAGCGAUCACUGAGCGAUCGCGCCACAGUCACGUAUUGAAAUUCUUGGAACAUGGUAUCUUUUAAGGGAUUUUGUAUUGAGGCUGUAUGACAAACUCGGCUAUUUUUUUUAGCAGCCAUAAUUCGAGAAAAUCUCGACAUGCGACCCUGGAUUGAGAACGGUCAUCGCUUUGCCAUUCAUUCAUUAACCUAACACAGCUGAUUGGUGAUAUCAAACACAUGUAAAAAAUUAUCGUAAUGUUAUACGCGCGUUUAACAAGGAUUUCCUGGCUCUUCUCAGGGCAGAAAAUCGUUUUAAACCACCGCAGUUUAUAUAAUAGCUUUUCUCCUUAAGCUUUCCUAUAACGAAAUAUAUAAAACAUCGCUCUAACCGAAAUUCAACUUUUUAGCCGAUCCGUGCUAUAAUUACAGAAACCUGAGCGAUGCUGACAGAAAGAGCACUUACAACACACCCUACGGUAGAGAAAAAUGUGACGACGAAUCCUCAUCCAUAAUAUUCGGGAAUUGGUAUCGUUUCGUGGGAGAUGCAGGAACAAAAAUGCCAACCCAGUGCGUACCGUAUAAUAGAUGUGGUGCGGUCUGGUCAAGCUGGCUAAAAGGUGGUCACCCCACAUUGGCAGAUGGUGAGGUUUCCUCCAAGGUCUGCUUUAUCAGAGUUGGAGAUUGUUGCAAGAAAUCAAUUAACAUAAAAGUGAAAGACUGCGGAUCCUACUUUAUUUACAAACUACUAAAGGUACCUGCUUGUAAUCUGCGCUACUGUGGCACAGACUGAGUGCUAUAAGCAAGUCAUUCUGCUCAACGAAAGGAUUCAAAAGUCGAUUUAAUUAUUGGCACAUUAAUGUAUAACAGGGACUUUAAGAAUUUCACAUGAUUCACUUUUUAUGAUUAGUGUUAAACAGUGAAUAGUUUGAACAGAAGAGUACCUUUGGACCGCGUAGUUUGAUCUUCCAAGUAAGAGUACUCCUGGGAAAUUGUGACUGAAGGUUGUCAGUGUUACUGAUUGACGUUUCUAUAACCUCGGCGGAAAUCAUCAUCAGAUUCGACUGAACAGUUGUUGUUUAUUCGAGCAUUAGAAGAGAUUCCCCCCACCCUCAGCUAGUGUCAACAACUAUGGGCAUUAAUGAGCUUCCCGAUAAUCUUAUCAUCAUCUCUAUCUAUUCCAAUCAAACAUCUUCAGUAAGUUUUAAGCAAAACUUUGAGCAUUGUAUUUUGCUUAUUACUAAACUUUUUGAACUCUUGAUGUUUACUCAGGUCGUUAGAAACUAAAGCAGCUUUUGAUACCCACGCCUUCUGUACAUGAAGUUGUUAUUCUGUCUGAAAGCCUUCCAUGAUGGAUCACGGCGGUCCGUGAUUAUAAGCAAGUUGUUUACUAUGUUCAGUCGUGUUUUCAUUAGCAUCAUGAUUUAUAAGGAUUUUUAAAUCGUGUUCGGUGUGUUUUGGAUAGAGAAAUAAAUAAUUUCUAGAAUUUUAAGUCACUAUGACAUCGAUACUCAAACUUUCUGGUGACAUAUCACGGAAAACUAGAACAUUCUAAUGGGUUAUGUGGUUACGAUCUAUUUCUACCACAACAGUUGUGUUGUAAGCUUCGAAUUCUGGAAUGUUUUGAAGUACGUUAUGACGGUAUAUAAGGACUCGGUCAGCUAGGAGUACUAAUGUAGAAGCUCUACAAAAGAUAGCUCAGUACUCAGUACUGUGAUAUACUUAAAAGAUUGUGUAUUUUGUGGAGAUUCUCUCUCAGUAGAGAGCUAAGUUUUAGUCUGUAGUAGGCUUAAGUAAGUUUUUAAAGGACAAUUAUUGUAUUGCCUAUACGAGUAGCUCCUGAGAAAGAAUCAUUAUGCGUUGUUUAAUAAAGUAGUUUAAAUUGUAGGAGUUUAGUAUUCCUUAUUUUUAUUAAAUCAUACCUUAGCAGGUGAAUCUUACAGGAAAGCGUGUUGGGUUAAAUGUGUAAAAUCUGAAUGAUGUCUACGCUGGUAGUUCUUUCCAAGCCAUUCCAACAAAAAGAGCUCCGAAAUGAAGACCAGUUAAAACCUAAUUUAAUAACCCCUGCAGGUUAUUUGUGUGUAUGUGACCGGUAACAGAGAUGGUGUGAUCUGUUACUCUGAUUGCUUUAUUUAACACUGACAGUGAGCCUAAGACAAAUAACACGUCUAAGUACUCCAAGGUUUACGUGUCUUUGUUGCACUUUAGAAAAUCUGCAUUGACCUUCCCAAGGGCCAAAUCCUCUUAUCACCUGCUAUUUAAAUUAUCUACAUGUAAUCAGUGCAAGUUUACAUGAAACAAUGAAUUAUCACUUACCAGAUGUCAGUAAACAAAACAGAUUCCACUGUAUCUUUUUGGUGUUGUUAAAGCUACUUUCGCUAGUGUUGUUGAAGCGCAAAGUUCAUCAUUCCGUCGGGUGAAUAAUCAAUAAUCUCCGGAGGGGUUUCCGAACUUUAGGAAGUGAGAGGUUGAUUUAUUUGAUUUAUUUGCGCCUUACAUGAGGCGCAUCAAUGGCGGCCUCGCGGAGCUUUAGCUCCGUCGCUUUAUUGACUUUCUAUGCUUUUACAUUCCUAUUUCUAACGCGAGUACCUAUUCAAAAUGGGUCUAAAUGUUUACUACGUAGUCCAUUGGGGUUAUUUUUGACGGGGACUGUAUUUUCUGGUGAUGCUGGUUUGAUAUUUGUCGUGAAGCUCGGCGGCAAAUUUCGACUCGAUUUGAGAUUCUAGAGUUAUUUCAAAUCCAGUCUUCCAGUUACAAGUGGACUAAACAUGGAUCUACUUCGCUUCCAAUGAUUGCGAUGCUCGACGAUUCUUACAAGUCCUGGAAUCGUUCGAUUUGAUCCGGCACGUCUCUGAAGCGACUCAUAAGAAUGGUCACAUACUCGAUUUGACUAUAUAACGAGAGCUCAUGAGAAAUUAGUUGGCCGCUGUACUAUGGACAAUCCUUUUGUCUCGGAUCAUCUUGCUGUACACAGUUUGUUGGACCUUGCUAAAUUACCACUCGAGCGUAAACGAAUCUCAUAUCGCAAGAUUCGUGAUAUUGAUUUUAGCGAGUUUUGUGGUCAGUUGGAGAACACCAGGCUAGUAAGGGAUGCUGCUCCUUCUAGUCUCGGCGAACUUGUUUAUGAGUAUAACACUACAUUAAAGUCGUUGUUAGACAGACACGCGCCUCUGAAGACUAAGACCAUUACUCUUCGCCCAACCGCCCUAUGGUACACUGAGGAAAUACGAUCUGAAAAGAGAAAACGCAGAGCUCUCGAGCGGCGCUGGCGUUCUUCAAAACGAGAAUCGGAUUAUUCUAGAUUUAAGGAACAAUGCCUUAGAGUGAACGCUUUGAUCAAGAAAACGAAAGUUGACUAUUACUCAGGCAUUAUACGGGAGAGUAGUAAUAAUCCCCGAACUCUUUUCAAUACGGUAAAGAAGCUCCUACUUAAGCGCGUGCCAGCGGAGUAUCCUUCAGGGUGUGCGUCCGAUGGUGAUCUUGCUAACAAGUUCAUUGACUUCUUUAGUGAGAAGAUUACAGUUCUGCGAAACUCACUUGACUCCACAUCUGAUAUUGUUGUGGAGUCCGAUGGCAUUGUCCAUCAGUGUGCCUUGUCAUGUUUUAAGUCUGUAACAUCGUCUGAUGUCUCGGAAUUACUUAGUAAGAUGACCAUCAAAUCCUGUCCUCUUGAUCCCGUCCCUGCUUCUGUUUUGAAGCAGUGCACAUCAGGUCUUUUGCCUGUUAUGACUCAAAUUGUAAAUCAGUCUUUAUGUCUAGCUGUUUUUCCAGGCUGUUUUAAGCUUGAAUUGUUGAAUCCUCUUCUCAAAAAGCCCACACUUGAUGUUGAAGUUUUUUCGUAUUUUCGUCCUAUCUCAAAUUUGACGUUCAUGUCUAAACUCACUGAGAAGGUGGUGGCAUCUCAGUUGAUUAAUCACAUUUCUAGUAAUGGACUUGAUGAAAUACUACAAUCAGCAUAUAAACAAUUUCAUAGUACCGAAACAGCUUUAGUUAAAGUUUUUAAUGAUAUUAUCCUAGACGUUGAUAGGAAUAGGACUGUUAUCUUACUUUUAUUAGAUCUAUCGGCCGCUUUCGAUACGGUCGAUCACACUAUACUGAUUGAGAGAUUAGCAAACCGCUUCGGUCUUUGCGAUCUAGCUCUGGCCUGGUUUAAAUCAUACCUGAGCGACAGAACUCAUUUUGUGAGCAUUCGUGGUGCACGGUCUGUCACGUGUUCGCUGUCGUGCGGAGUACCACAGGGCUCCGUGCUUGGACCGAUUUUAUACAUGCUCUAUACCUCCCCAUUGGGGGAUAUUGUCAGACAAUACAACAUGGGCUAUCAUUUCUAUGCUGAUGAUACUCAGUUGUAUCUGUCUUUCAAUUCUCUCAGUGGGGAUGAUCAAGCUUAUUCUGUCUCUCAGGUUGAAUCUUGUGUUAGAGAUAUCGACCGUUGGAUGUCUUGUAACAAACUUAAGUUGAAUAGGGACAAGACGGAACUGCUCGUUAUCAGCUCAAAAUAUCGGCCACGCCCAUCUUUAGAUAGUAUCCUGAUUGGUGAUCAUCGUGUAGAGCGGUCUGACAAAGCUAGGAACAUAGGAGUUGUUUUGAUGAGACCUUGUCACUGGAUAAGCAUGUGAGUUCCGUUUGUAAAUCUGCUUUAUUUCAUUUUCGGAAUAUCGCUAAGAUUAGAAUGUAUCUGACUUUUGAGAGCACAAAGACCCUUGUCCAUGCUUACGUUACUUGUCGACUGGACAAUUGUAACUCGUUGCUCCUCGGGUCACCGGAUUAUAUUAUUCAGAAGCUCCAGCGCGUUCAAAACUGCGCCGCACGCCUUGUAGCUGGGCAACCUAGGGCUGCGCACAUUCGCCCCGUCCUUAAGGAGCUACACUUGUUACCUGUGGAGCAGCGAAUUACCUUUAAAGUAUUACUGUUAACUUUUAAAGCUCUCAAUAAUCUGGCGCCUCCGUAUUUAAGUCAACUUAUAGUCCCAUAUAACCCUACAAGAAAUCUUAGGUCUGCUGGCAAACAUUUAUUAGAAGUACCGAAUGUGCGCCUGAAGAGCUAUGGGGACAGGGCCUUUUCGGUCGCUACCCCAAAGCAAUGGAAUGAUAUUCCCUUAGACAUUAAAUUAAGUGGAUCAGUUGAUGUUUUUAAAUCUAGAUUGAAAACUUAUCUUUUCAGACUCGCUUUCAUUUGACUUUUUGUUUUAGUGUUAUUGUUAGUUAGUUAUUUUCUUUUUUUGAUUGUAAAGCGAUAUAGAGCUUUUGUAUAUACAGCUAUACAAAUAAAGAUAUUAUUAUUAUUAUUAUUAUUAUUAUUAUUAUUGAUUUGUUGAGAUAUCUCUCUCCUUUAGUGAGACAUCAACGGCCUUCCGACACCUUUUAAAUGUAUCAUUAUUAUCUAGGUUUAAUUGGGCAAUUAUCUCAAUUUUGUUAAAUGAGCUCUCAUCUUGAGUUUAUCAAGACAAAUUUCUGACAGAAACAGAUUCGUUGAUCAAUUUUUCCUUUAGUCAAUUAUUUGAUGGGAAACUGAUCUUUUCAAGAAAUCCCACAGAAUUAGCAAAAACACAAAUACAUGUAACAUUUACUUGAGAAAAUAUCUUUGUUAGAGACACUGUUUAGUAGAGUAAAUGGUUGUUGCUACGGUUAUUAUAAUCAACUCUGUGUUUGGGGGAUUUGGAGGAGUGGACUUAAUGUGAUUAGCUGCUUUAACUGUCCGAUUACAGGUGUCCAAUUACAGUUGACUGUCCGAUUGCACUGUCCGAUUACAACUCUACAGAUUAAUUAGUGCUAAAAUAAAGCAGCUAAAGUACCAUAAACAUUUGAGGACAUUGUAAUGGUGAUGACUGGUCGUGGAGGAGAGAGAUGCGAUAAUGUUAUGUUUUGUUACUUAUACAACUCGUAAGUUUCAUUACUCCAUUAGCUUUGCUUAGUCCCUCAAAAACGCAACUGGUUCUCGAGAUGAUUCGUAUAGUUUCUCUAGAACUUCCAAGGCGUGUAACAUCAUUACAUUCAAAUUAACGUACAAAUUCGGUUACGUGACCUAUCAUUCAUCGAACCCAAGCUACCAAUCCCAAUGGGGAUGCCUUUAGAACCGUCUCAUUCCCAACCAAAUGGCCACGUUGAUAACUGACAAAAACCGAAAUCUUCUUCUCCCAAAGAGUGAUUUCCUCUCAGGUUAUUGGGACUGCAAGUUUUACAGCCUGCCUUAGGCCAGAACCGAAUCACCACAACUCCUCUUUGAUAAUUUAUCUACCCCGCUGGCGCUGGAAACGAGCCAAGAAUUCCAAAUCUGGUACAGCGAGGACUUGUUCAAAUGGGGUUAUGGCGUUAAUGGGUUCGAAAAAAAAGGGGGGGUUGCAGUGUAUAUGUUUGAGUAGUCGCCCAAAUUACAAAGUAAAUUGAAGAAGAGAGUGCCAAAAUUGUUGUUCAUGCCUUUAUUACUUCAAUAUUAGAUAGCUGCAACUCACUAAUAUAUGGUCUACCGAAGCAUCUACUUUCAAGAUUGCAAUCCGUUUGAAAUAUAGCAGCUCGAAUUGUUACACGUACUAGGAUAUUGAUCGUAUGACCCCAAUCCCCCCCAAAAAAAAACUUCACUGGCUUCCUGUCCGUCACUGUAUGGUUUAUAAAAUUCUUCCACUGGUCUACAAAGCUAUCAAUGGAGCAGUGCCUUGCUGCAUCCGUGACUUACUUAAUUAUCGCACCUCUGAACGGACACUAAGGUCCUCUUUUCAACACCUUCUGGCGACCCCAAAAGCGAGACUAAAGACUUGUGGAGAGAGAACGUUUCCUGUGGCGGGACCAGGACUAUGGAACUCGAUCCCACUCGAACUAAGUUCUAGUUCUUCAAUUGACAGUUUUAAAAGACAUUUUAAAACGUAUCCUUUUAAACAAGCUUCUAACUGCUUUUAGUUUUAUUAGAUCAUAAAUUUAUUUAAUUACUCCGAGUUUUUUCAAUUUGUUUAUUCCCAUAUAUAAAUAUAUAUAUAUUUUUCUCUUUCCCCUUUUUUUUUUUAGCUUUUUUAUGAUUUUAACGUAGAGUACCGUGGACAAUUAGUGGUUUGGCGAUGUAUAAAUAUAUUUACUAUUAUCAUUUAUUAUACAUGUACUUAUGACAUCAGGAAAAAAUACUCUAACUUUAGUGACGUUCCUCUCUUCGAUUCAAGAACGAAGGAAAAGAAUGCUUGUCCCGGUAAAGGCCUUGCUUGGAAUCGAGAAUUCAUAGGAAUGACCUGUGCGACUUUACGAUAUGCACCCUAAGAAUAUGGAGUUGAAAUAAAGAAAAUUGCACAUAUGUCAGUCAUUUUCGCUGUGCACCCUUUCCUACAAUGGUUUGCUUCCUGGUUCAUGGGAUAUUUGAGAAUGAAAUGGUGAGUUAAAAUUCAAAUUCUGCCUCUAUUUUCUUAUGUAAGAUAUCUCAAACUCGUAUUAGUCCUGCGAGCAUUCGCCUUUUUGAAUUUUAAAGUUCAAUUUGCUGCCCUCAACGCUCGCUGGAAAACAAAACUUACUCCGAUUUCCUAGAAUACUUUGUCAUUCCCGUCGUACUCGUAGGUUUUCCAUGGACUUCAUAAUGAUUUUCAUAUCCAGAACCAAAUUAUGCCCAACGGAAAGUAAGGGAGGUAAUAAGGUAAAAUCAAGUAUUAUCAACUGAGUUGAUAACCUAAAUUAGCCACCGUACAGAGUCUAAAACUGACGAAUCGAUCGUUAGUACGUAGUUACUCGCUCAGACGAAGGGCGAACGUUCUAAACGUCAGCUUUUAAACUCUUUACGGAUUCCAAUCUACAUUAUUAACUCAGUUGCUAAAACUAAAUUACCCUGUGAUACUCUCCCAUCCACGUAGCACCAAAAUUUCUAUAGAAACGUCCCCCCUCUAAUAAAAGGAAGUUGGGUUUCUUCUCCAUAAAACACCUUAUGCAUAAGCCUUUUGAUUUAUUUGGAAAAUACCCACAGGGUAACAAAUAGAAUAGGAAAGAUGGUUAGAUUUCGAGCCCACUAAAUAUAUAAAGAAAUCUUUUUUCGUCUCGUCACGAGCGUGGGACAAAGGAAAAAUUCUGAGUCCCCAUGAGAAUCGGACCUCAAAUCUUCGGACUCCACGCUCCGAUGCUCUACAACUGAGCCAAGGAGACUCUGUGGUUGGCAAGGCCCACUCCGAAGUUCAUGCAGGAUACGCGUUCUGCAAACUUCUAGGAUCAGCAAUGUCGUGGGCGUCAUGUUUUGUUAAUAGAAAAAGAAAGAUGGUAAGAUUAUGGGCUCAGUAAAGGAAUAAAGAAAGAUGUUUUUUCAUCUUGUCUCGGGCGUGGGACGAACAAAAAUUCUGAGUCCUCAUGGGGAAUCGAACCUUAGAGCUCCGGAUUCCGUAUUCGGAUGCUCUACUACUUAGCCACAGAGACUCUAUAUGACUAUAGACUUCUAUACGCUAUAAAAGUUCAUAUAUGACGCCCGUCCUGCAUACUGCUACUAUAAGGGUAACAAAGGUCAACAAAUAGCGUAACAACAGGGUAAUUGCUUUCAUCAAGAGAAAGUAAUGGUUCCAUUAAUUCUUUUGUUUUUAUUUUUAAAUUCAAGUUUUACAGGAAAAGAAGUGGCCAGUAUUCGUGGGUCAUGUGUAACGAGUAAAUUGUCGUGACAAAAUUUCGCGGGUAAGUUGUCACGGGUGAAUUGAAAAAAAAGGGUCGUUCGGUUAGAAAAAGCCGUGAGUAAAGGACAUUGUCGUAAUAAAAUCUCUUGAAAUUGAAAAAAAGAGAUGGGGAGAGAGGAGUCAGCUGGGAAGAGCUGAGGAGAAGGCAAAGGGCAAACAGCAUUGGAGGCCUCUGGCCACGAUGAGGAUGGAUUGAAUCAUGGUAAAUACUAAUAUAGAUAGCAACACCAAAUUAACGCCAACAUAUUUUUUUUUAAACUAAAAGAGUACCAAUUCGACAAAAACCUUUUUGGCGAACUGAUGGACGAAAGGUCUUGAAUCCACGCUGUCCUCAACGAACAUAAUGGGUGGGUGAGUGCACGAUUUUUCAUUCACUUUCCGUUAUUCAAAAUCCUUUCCUAUCCAGAUUAAUAACUCAAACAUUUAAAAAAUAAAUGAAUUACAUUGUAGCACAACGUCUAUCACAUAUCAAUUUCAGAUAGUGCACUGUCGUCGUUCACCGCUUCGCAUAUGUUGUAAUCAAAUCGUUUUUCUUUGUUUUCAGGUAUGGUAGUAGAUUACAGAGCAGUUUUGAUGGCCCGUUGAUAAUAUUAUAGGCCAUAACGCCACAUGGAUUUAAAAACUGCCUUUUUCUGGUUGACUUUUGCUUUGAAUGUUUUUUUAAGGGCAUCAAGCACAUUUUCCACGAAGAAAUGUAAGUGAUCGCAUUUAUUAAUGAAACCAAACGGGAAUCCUAUGAAGCACUUCUCAUAGCUCACGAUUAAAUUGGGUGAAAGGAGCGUUUUUUAAAGGUAUAGCUCAUUCGGCCAAGUGUAUACAGGGCUAACGAUCAAAAAACUUGAAUCACAGAUGAAAAUUUAAGCACAACAGAUGUAGGCGUUAUAUUCCAUUGCCACGCGCUCUGAGUAAGGAAAGCAGACCAGAUUUCCUGAUUUCCUAAUUCAUGUACCUUUUGGUUACGUCGUCGUCGAAUCUUCGGAGCUAAAAGUACACCGAUACUUUCUUUUUCCUUUUAGUCGACGAUCGGUAAGGCAUUUUAAAUGCUUCGAAAAAUUAAACUGCAAAUGAGUAAAUCCUCGAUAAAGUCUUUUUUUUCUAAUGAAGGAUGAUAAAGGCAAAGGAGAACAGGUUAUGCGGCCUUCUUAAAUAUGUUUACACCGAGGGAGGAUCCGUCUGUUAUUGACUCAUCGUGCAAAAGUCGGCCAUCAGUUUCCAAGGAAUAAAAACAUUUUUCAUCAGUUUAAGGACACUUACUGGCUGGAGAUAAUCGGCCGCUAAAGAGCUUUUCAAUUAAAGCUAACUAUCAACUCUUUCAAACGAUUUAGGUGCAAGGUUUGAUGAAAAUAACAUCACGUGCGUCUUUUUAACUCCAAAAACUGACAAAUUACAAAAUAAUUGAAACAGGUUCAUGACUUUUCUGUUAAUUUCAUGUUUAUUAUUGCCAAAGUUGAUAGCAAAAUAAUUACACGUCAAACAUUCGAACGCAAAAAGUUUUGCGAGGUGUUUAUCUUUUGGUAGGAAUGAAAGAAAAAUGUGCUGGAUGCAUUUUUUGAUCUUUUAAAUUUUAAAAGUACUUGGAUCAAAAAGUCCAAUGGAACUUGAACCUUUAAGUGUCUGUUAAUCCUAAGGAUAUGGAAUGAUAUUCCUAAGAGUCCUUAUUCCUUUUCAUUGAGCAAAUCGGAAAACAAUUAUUUGGGUCAUUUGCGUUAAUGUCCACAUAAAACUGACAGCUGCUGAAAGCUUUGUUUAAUGCACUUUCAUAAUAUGCUUUCCUUCAUAACAAUAGGUCGGUUUGGGCUGCUUAGUCCAUUGCUGGGGCAUGGGAGCUGGUGAUCGACUUAAAACUCGUGGCAUACGUGGGGAUAGAAAUAGAAGACCUUAAUCCUGAGUUGACUUGCUUAACGCUUGGCAAAGGUGAUUGGAAAACUGUCAAUCAUUUUCCGUCUUUCGAUUCAUUUAUGAGUGCAAUCUUAUUUCAUAUAUCACUUUUAUUCUCUUCGCUGAUACAUAUACAGAAGGAAUAGAAGUUCCAAAAUAAACUAAGUAAGGUAAAUAGCCACGUUCAACAUUCACCCAUGAUUGGAACUCAUUUUGUAAAAUUAAAGGGUAUUUAACGAAGAUUUUUACGCGUAUCCUAUUCAGAAAGUUGGAUAUGAGACGCAAAACACAAACUACUUCGACAACUACGAAUUACGCCAAUUGAAAAAUCCUACAUUCCCAACUCUGUUCUUUCAAGAACAUGCACGUAUUACACGGUUAAGUUAAGAUCCAUUGUCGUUUAUUACCCGGAAUUUGGUCAGUGUUAUCCUUCUCAGCCGUUUGUAGUGCUGACUGUCGAUUAAUUUGUUGGGCACGGUGGUGGCCCGCUUGAACGACAGAGACAGCAUGGCCACGUUUAUCGAAAAACUGGCAUAUUGCCUUUGAUUUUUCGGAAAAAUCAGAGUCGUCACUACAUAAACGACGAAGUCUGAGAAACUGUGAAAAAGGUAUGGAGUUCUUGACUUGUGAUGGAUGAUGGAUGAUGGAUGAUGGAAGAACUCCAUACCUUUUUCGUCAGCUUUUUUACCCUUUACGGUGGCUAAUUUACGUUUUCAAUUCAGUUGUUAACACUAAAUUACCUGCUAUACUCUCCCACCGACGCAACAUCACAGUUUCUUUAGAAACUUACCCCUUUAUUCAAAGGUUAUAAAUGCCUUUGCCGACCUGAAUACGUGGGCACCAAAUGCGAAGAAAGAAACGGUAGGUAAAAAAGCAUUUUUAAUUUGGUGAAAUACUUUUAUGAAAAACUCUACCUAACCCUUUAAGUUAUCUCUCGAUGAAUCCAAGUGUCAGUCCUAUUCAGCCAUCCGUCUACUCCUCCAGAUGUCUGAAUCCCCUUUUGUCCCUCCUGCUUUCCUAUCCAUCUGCUUGAAUGAGCGGCUGGCUAUCUACAUGUGUAUUCUUGUUAUGCAACUCACAUUUUUUGUUCAAAAUCAAUUCAUCACAUAAGUGCUGGUUCUUUUCCAAACAAUAAGAUGGAUGCAAUUGACGCCAUCUACAGUUUGCUUUGGAACAAGAGAUGAUUGGUAUGGUUUCUUUAAAACUUCCAAGGCGGGUAACAUCCUUACAUUCAAAUUAAUGCACAAAUCUGGUUAUGCGACCUAGGCAUUCAUUGAACCCAAGCUAUCAAUCCAAAUGGGGAUGCCUUUGGAACCUUUUAAUUCCCAACCAAAUGGCCACGUUUAUAAGUGACAAAAGCCGUAAUCUUCUUCUCCUAAAGAGUGAUUUCUUAUCAGAUUAUUGGGACUGCAAGUUUUCCAGCCUGCCUUGGGCCACAACCGAAUCGCUACAACUGCUCUUUAAUAAUUUGUCUAUCCCGCUGACGGUGGAGACGAACCAAAAAUGGCGAUAAUGGGUACGAAAAAACGUGUGUUGCAGUGUAUGGUUUGUACGUUUGCAAAACGAGAAAGUACAUUGAAGAAGAGAGUGCCAUAAUUGUUCUUCGUGCCUUUAUUACUUCAAUAUUAGAUAACUGCAACUCACUGCUUUGGGGUCUGCCUCAGCAUCCACUUUCAAGAUUACGAAUUACAAUCCGUUUAAAAUAAAGCAGCUUGAAUUGUUACUCGUACUAGGAAAUUUGAUCGCAUGACCCCUAUCCUAUAAAAGGCUUCACUGGCUUCCUGUCCGUCACUGUAUAGUUUAUAAAAUUCUCUCACUGCUCUACAAGGUUAUCAAUGGAACAGUGCCGUGCCAAAUUUGUGACUUACUUGAUUAUCACACCUCUAAAGGGACAUUAAGGUCCUCUUCUCAAUACCCUCUGGCGACUCCGAAAGCGAGACUAAAGACUUGUGGAGAGAGAACGUUUGCUGUGGCGGCACCAGGACUAUGAAACUCGAUCCCACUUGGAAUAAGAUCUAGUUCUUCAAUUAAUAGUUUUAAAAGACAUUUAAGAGUAAAUGUCAGUAAAAAUCAAGGAAAAUUCAAAAAACGUGGCCACGGUCAAAAAAUCGAUUGCGCUCAUACUUUGUCAGUUUGAAGGCCUAGGUAAGUAACUGAAGGAUAUGAGGUUAGUUUUUUGAAAUAUUCCAUAUAACGGCAGAAAACCACGAAAAACGGUCACCCUACCGGAAGCUCGGAUUUCACCUGGCGGAAACUCGAAAUUUUACACUUUUCAGCUUCUCGCUACACAGACGUUUACAUAGCUGUGAAUCUUUCUUAAGUAUAUUUGAAUACAUUGAUUCUUCCUUAGUCAAACCAUGGGAAUUAUUUUUAUCUCUGCUUAUUUGUGAGCGAACUGAGACCCGAUUAAGAAGACACACUUUCCUCAUUUACGCGAAGGUGUAAAAUAAUCCAAACUCAGUGACGAAAAAAGCUGACCGGUAGUUCUUCAAACCCUCUGAUAUUAUAACCAAAGACAGUUCAGUCAUUGAUUUUUAUGUCUACGGUUUUAAAUCUUUAGGAUCUAGUAGCACUUUUGCAUGAACGCCGAUCAAAAUUCGAUAAAAUUCCAAUUGAGCGCCUUUGAAAUCUACAACUCUACAUAACAAUGCACUAUUGAAUAAAUUAGCUCCUCGGCCAAAGUUUGUACAUAAAACAUAAGGGUUUUGCUUUUUUAGCGGUUUGAAGCGUUUUAAAAAUAUAUAUUGAUGUUAAAUAUUGUCUACACAGGUAAAACAAACUAUGAAACACCAAAAUUACCACGAGCUGAAAUUAAAUCUCACAGGCUCGCUCCCUAAUCUGCGUCACGCACGAGCGACUUAGCUACAAUUAGUACAGUAACAAACAGAUAUUUACAUCCGUUGAUUUUAAAUAAGUCGUAUUUUUAAAAUAUCUUACUCAAAGAUGUGCCAGGUUUCCCAGUUAACUUGCUGGAAAAAAAAAAAAACCUUUAAUAGUAAUUCUAGCUCAAUUAGAAUUGAUUUUAUUUAGUAUGAGAAGUUUUGUGCCGUCGAAAACCAAUCGGAAGUAACUGUUUCCACGAAAAGCAAAUAUUGCAUCGUUCUCUAAAUAAACAAAUCUACUUAACCAUAUAACCAGAGUAUGUUGUUGGCGAAGUUAAUAGACAUACAUAACAACGACGUCUUGCUCGUUCUUGAAUAUUGUCGGUGGGAUUUGCGGCGCAGACGAACGCACUUGCUAAGUAACUUCCAAUGGCUAAUUUCUACCCUUACUCAGCUUUCGUCACACUGCUCACGCUGGGUAACAAGGAUAUAAAACAUCGCACGAAGUCCUAAAAAACUCUCCGGACUUGAACCAGAAUUGAUUUUAGCAAGAUUGCGUGUUUUUAAAAGCCAACGAGUUUAUAGGAGAUGACUACCCGUACCGUCUCAUCGUGUCACUUAGGCAUAACCUGACACGAUGUCGAUAGUUUCGACUCCUGAUGGCCGAGAGCACUCGGAUUUCUUUUUUUUCCGAGUACGCCUGUGUCACUUACUGAAUAAUACAUCAUUCUCAUUUAUUCACCAGGCUUAAAAUAUUCCAUCACAUUUAUUCCAUUGCGCGUAUGCCACACAUGACAUUCCAAUCCUAGCAGUAUGCAGGAUGUUUGUCCCAUGAAGCACUCGGACUAUACAGUGCAGCGCACUAUACAGUGCACACACUAAUAUAAUCGCAAUCCAUAAAAAAAUGAGAGGCAUUAAAUAAAGGUUGUUAUAAAAAAAUUGGAUUGGACAACUGAAUGAAGAGAUAAGUAACGAAAUGUCCUUCAUCAACCUUACUUAUUUCUCUCCGUCGUUUAAACAAAUGAUUCUUUCAUAUAAUCUCAAGUCAUCAGAAUGAAUAGACUAAAAAUAAUUCAUUGCAGACAGUUUCUGUUUGGUAGAACAUCAAGUAGUUGGUUGCUUACCUGAGCCCACAGGGACGAGCUGUUUUGAAAGCUCAAAUAUCUUCAUGGAUUGGAAUAAAUUUAUUCCUUUUUCCAGUGCGGGUGCCUUCCUCAGCUCCUUGCAGUGACCAGAAACAACUUCCGGGAUGGUGCAAAGAUUACCCGUCCUUCGCCAACCUAAACCUAACUUGGCACGAUGAACCGGACAGAUAGUCAUAUCCGAUAAAUUCGCCGGCUUUUGAAAACAUCCGCAUCUCGCCAAAAUUAAUUCUACCUCCGUUUCAAUUCCGGAAAAUUUCAACGAUUUUUUGUGAUUUUUGAUAUCCCUGUUACACCGCGUGAGAGGCGUGACGGAAGUUGAAGAACUUGUGCGUUCGUCUGCGCCGCAAAUCCCACCAACAAUAUUCAAGAACGAGCAAGACAUCGCUGUUCUAUGAAGUUCCCCGACAAUAAACUCUGGUUUUAGAUGCAAUGUUUCACAGAUAAAGAUAAUUCGAUUUAUUUAUUUAAAGAACGAUGCAAUUUUCGUGAGAACAGGUACUUCUGAUUGGCUAUCGACGGCAUAAAGCUUCUCAUUCUUAAUAAAAUCAAUUCUUAUCGUUUCAGUUUGAAUUGCUAUUAUGAUAUUUUCUUUUAUUUUUACUUCAGCAAGUUAACUGGGGAACCUAGCACAUCGUUGAGUAAGAUAUUUUAAAAUAAGACUUAUUGUAAAUUAACAGAUGUAAAUAUCUGUUUGUUACUGUACUAAUUGUAGCAAAGUCGCUCGUGCGUGACACAGAUUAGGGAGCGAGCCUGUGAGAUUUAAUUUCAGCUCGUGGUAAUUUUGGUGUUUCAUAGUUUGUUUUACCUGUGUAGACAAUAUUUAACAUCAAUAUAUAUUUUUAAAAGGUUCAAACCGCUAAGAAAGUAAAACCCUUAUUUUUUAUGUACAAACUUUGGCCGAGGAGCUAAUUUAUUCAAUAGUGCAUUGUUAUGUAGAGUUGUAGAUUUCAAAGGCGCUCAAUUGGAAUUUUAUCGAAUUUUGAUCGGCGUUCAUGCAAAAGUGCUACUAGAUCCUAAAGAUUUAAAACCGUAGACAUAAAAAUCAAUGACUGAACUGUCUUUGGUUAUAAUAUCAGAGGGUUUGAAGAACUACCGGUCAGCUUUUUUCGUCACUGAGUUUGGAUUAUUUUACACCUUCGCGUAAAUGAGAAAAGUGUGUCUUCUUAAUCGGGUCUCAGUUCGCUCACAAAUAAGCAGAGAUAAAAAUAAUUCCCAUGGUUUGACUAAGGAAGAAUCAAUGUAUUCAAUUAUACUUAAGAAAGAUUCACAGCUAUGUAAACGUCUGUGUAGCGAGAAGCUGAAAAGUGUAAAAUUUCGAGUUUCCGCCAGGCGAAAUCCGAGCUUCCGGUAGGGUGACCGUUUUUCGUGGUUUUCUGCCGUUAUAUGGAAUAUUUCAAAAAACUAACCUCAUAUCCUUCAGUAACUUACCUAGGCCUUCAAAUUGACAAAGUAUGAGCGAAAUCGAUUUUUUGACCGUGGCCACGAUUUCUUUGAUUUUUACUGACAAUCACUCUUAAAAACUUAUCCUUUUAAACAAGCUUAUACCUUUUUUUAAAUUUUUUUUGAUGGUAAAUUUGUUUAAUUAUCUUAGAAGUUUUAAAUUAGUUUAUUCCUACAUGGGGAUAUUUUUUUUCCUUUCCUUUUUUUCUUUUAGCUUCUUAAUGAUCUUAAUUAAUAUCAAGCGCCAUAGACAAUAUUAGAGGAUUUAGCGCUGUAUAAAUAUCUUUAACAUUAUCAUUUAUAAUAAUCUACGGUUUGAUUCAGCGAUGUGAAUACGUGUAAUUAUGACAUCAGAGAAAAAAAAAUACUCUAUCAUUAGUGACGUCACUCUCUUCGAUUCAAGAAUAAAGGAAAAGAAUGCUUGUCCUGGUAAAAGCCUGGCCUGGUAACGAAAAUUCAUGAGAACGACUUGUGCGAUUUUAUGAUGUGCACUCUAAUUAUAUAGAGAUGAAAUAAAGAAACUUGAACAUAUGCCGGUCUAUUUUUAUUUUCCCCUUGCACCUUUUCUUACAAUGGUUGGCUUCCGGGUUCAUGGAAUAUCUGAGAAUAAACCUGGCGAGAUAUAAAAUCAAAUUCCACCUCUAUUUUCUUAUGUAGGAUACCUCAGAAUCUUAUCGGUUCUGCGAGCAUUCGCCCUUUUUAAUUUGAACGAUCAAUUUGCUGCCUUAAACACCUCCUGGAAAACAAAGCUUACAUUGAUUUCUGAGAAUACUUUGUCAUUUCCGUUCUACUCGUAGGUUUUCAAUGGACUGUAUAAUGAUUUUCCUCCAGAACUAAAUGAUGCCCAACGGAAAGAAAGGGGGGUAAUAAGGUAAUUAAGUAUUAUCUAGUGGGUUAAUAAUGUAAAUUGGCCACCGUUCACAUUUUAUUUUUAACCGUUAGCCCUUCGUCAUUCUCUCUGAGUUCGUUCUUUCUUUCGUUGUUUAUAUAUCGUGGUUUUUACUCCCGUGGCAAAAUAAGAGCAGUUUAUACUGUAUGCUUUAGGUAUAUUUGCUGUACCAACGUGAAAAAAUUUCAAAAUAACGGUUUGACUUUCAGGUUCUACUAGAGAAUCACAUGAAACCAGAAAAUUGCCAACGAGCGUUCUGGGUUUUCACACAUGUACAUGUAUGGCUCCCGAAUGAAAACCAAAUCCCAUUUUCAUUCUUUUCUUUUUCCCGUUUCUUUUGACAAAUAUUGACGAAUGCAAAACAUAUCCUGGCAAAAAUUACGUAAACGCUACUUGUAAUAACUCAUACUAAUCACACAAUUGCACAUGCAAACCUGGAUAUACUGGAGAUGGACGCAAUCGUAAAGGUACAGUCAAUAAUCCCAGAUUGUUGUCGUUUUUUUGAUACCAUAGAAAGCCAGGAUUUAAUUUUUGUAACUUAAAGGAAGGCAGUUACCCGACUAAAACUUUCGUAGUGCUAGCCUUUUUCACAGAUAACUUGUUUUCUACAUUUAAGACAAUCUCUUGUUCUCACAAUCCAGCAAAGGGUUGACUACAGCCAUAGUUGCAAUCUUUAACACGGUAACGGCUUAUGUACAGGGACGUUUGCAUAAUUAUUAAAUCUCCUUCUAUCUGUAAUUUCUUAGAUAUUGAUGAAUGUGAAGGAAGUCAUUCUUGUCGCUUAAGUGCUACCUGCAUAAACACCGUGGGAUCACACGACUGUCAAUGUCAGCCUGUAUAUACUGAAAAUGGACAAAGCUGCACAGGUAGUUGUUCGCUUUCCUUAAAGUAAGAGAAGUCUCACCUGAGCUGGUGGGGAAAGUCUUACUUCAAUGCAGGGCAUGUUGCCAUUGGUAGAAAAUCAAAUCCUUGAUGAUUUGUUUUACACUGUUUUUAAUCAUUACAAAACCUUUAAGGUCAUUUUUCGAAACUCAGAAUUCUGAUACUUUUUGUUUGUUUCUUCUGCCUUUGGAUGGAUGUUACAUUAAUGACAGACAACAGUCUGGAACGAAAUCGCAAGUUUGGCUUUGAAUCUUGGAGCUAAAAGAAGGUGUAAAAUUUCAUAAAUGCGUCAAGCAACAAAAUGAAGAUGAAAAGAAAAAUUAAAUAUAAGUACAGUAUGCAUUCAAACAAAAUUUCAGUAAUCGGUGACGUUAUUAGUAUUGACUGCCCAUCUAAAUAUAGCGAACUCCUGUGUAACCAAAAAAAUAAAAUUUAAUGAAUUCGGAUACUGCUAUCCAUCGCUAAUAAAAUGUACACAUAUUGCACAUAUUGAUCUUUUUAGCGUCGUUGACUGAAAAUGUCCCACACAAGUACUUCUUGACCUUAACGCUUAAUAACUUUGAGUUGUUCUUGUAAAAUGAAAGGUCUGGUUUUGGUCGCGAAACUGCUAAAAUUAUGAGACGCUUUAACAAAUCAGUUAACCAUUUAUUCUAAUUACCACAAUCAUCUUUAACUUUGUAGCCGAUCCGUGUAAUACUUAUAAAGAACUGAGCGAUGCCAAUAAAAGAAUGAGUAACAAAACGCCCAAAUCUGGACCAGUGUUGGGUGACAACCAACUUCUUAAGGGAUGGUUUCGUUUUGUGGGAGCUGCAGUAACAAAAAUGCCAACAACGCGUGUGCCAGCAUAUAGAUGUGAUACAGACUGGUCAAGCAGGUUGGAUGGUGCUCAUCCCACAGUGGAAGAUGAUGAGGUUCUCAGAAAGGUCUGCUUUAGUAACCGUCCUACCGGUUGUAAAUACCCAACAGAGAUUUCUGUUGGGUAUUUACAUAGAAAUCAUAGCAGUAUUUACAUUGAUCCUAAGGUACAUUUUUUUCGGAGAUUUUACGCAGUCCUCUUUUCGUCAUAAUAACUUUAAUGAUAUUUUAAAAUUACUUGGGCAGAUUUUCUACGUUGAUGACAUCCUCAUAAACUGUGCAAUCAAGAACGCUUCAGUAGAAUUUCAUCGUACCGGUUAUUUUUAUUACUUCAGUAGAUUUUGUACACUGGCUGCGUUCUGUUAAAUUGUGAUGAUAAAAAAUCUCAUACGUAAUAAUUUGUAAGACAUGUUUGCAACCAGAAUAAGGAACGAAAAAAAGAAUUAAAAAAUUGAAACAAUGAAAACGAAAGGAAAAAAUAACAAAUAUUGAUAUUCUGGACAAGCAGGAUCACCAUUUAGCAUGACCACUAGCAAAAUAAGAAGUAAGACUCUUUACAAGAAUUAGAUAGCUGUAAUACAGGACACAAGUUGCCUAUAUCACGUUUUCCAAUUUUACGCAAUAUUUAUGGACCCUAGGCAAGACCCUAGCUCAUUUCAGCAAUUGGACACGUCAAUUUCGCAAUGCCUAGAAUUUUGUGAUGAUAUACACCGAGGUUUGAUCAUUCUAAAAUUAGACGGCACAUUGGUUAGCUAUGUAAUCAUAUUUUCAACUUGAAUUUUAUUUUAAACUCAAGAAAACAUGGAUAGACAAGUACUUCAAGCUGAUGUGAGUUAGCACAUGUCGUAAAUAACACUUUUAAAUGGUUAAGAAACUUAUCAGUAGAUUUUGUUGUAAUGUUAGAUUUAGCAUCAAAAGUAAACUGCGUUUAUUGCAGUUUCUCGCUGAAAAAAAUUUCAUGUUUGUUUGUUUGGCUUUUUUUUCUGGUAGAAUAAUAUCUAUUUGAGCUCAGUAGGAGAGCUGUUAUUACAAAAAACUGCCCUCGUUCGAAUAACAAAAAAGGAAGAUUGCGGCGUGAAAAAGAAAUCUUCAAAUGUCACUCUGAGUUGAAUGGGGAAAUGUUGUUCACGAUUCCCUUCAUUUCAUUUUUUUCCCAUGUCCAAGAAGAAAGUUGAAAACAGAUCGAGCUACUGACGCAACAUUGGCUGGUUUCUUUAUAAACCUAAAAAACCUAUCAGAAUAUGGUUAAAUCAUAGUUGGGCCAAUCAAAGAAAACUGAUAGAGGUUGAUUAAUUCCAAGGAUUAACUUGAUAAAUUUUGUAGAGAUGCUUGGCGAAUUCAAACUAGCUUGACGAAGAUUGUACAGCGCCUAGUCAAUAAUUCACGGAAAAAAAACUAGCGUUUACCGUACCGAACACGAAGAUUGAAUUCACGGAAAACGCAGCAUUUUACAAACGUUUACACAUGUUUUGCGUACGGAAAAUCUAACGUUUUCUAUGCGUUUUCCCAUCGGUGAAUCCCAGUUUUCGUUCCAUUAUAUGGUAGUUUUCCCUCGCGGUAAAUGCAGGUAAACAAAUCAUUUUCCGGCAUUAACCGCUCAGUUAACCCACCGCAAACAGCUUGUUUUCCUUUCGUUCAUUGGCAUUUUCCCAGUGUACAGCAACUUAUUCACCGGAGUUUGCGGCUGAAAACACGCAUUUUCCUUGAAGGUUAAUGUGUGUAAAUGCAGGAAAACGUAAUGAUUUAUUGCGUUUGCCGUUCGUACAAAGCAUAGAAAAUGUACAUUAAUUUUACACGAACCAUUUUCAAAGAGUGUUCUGCAAUGAUUGAACAUCAAAGUAAAUGUAAUGGACCUUUCAGAAUCUGUUAAUCCGUUUUCAUACAAGCACAAGCUAAACAAUACAGUAAGUUUCUAUGAUUUUUGCUAGGCCUGGAAGGGAUUUGAACCAUGACCUCUGCGACACCAAUGCAGUGCUAUACCAACAAAGCUGGCAAGACCACUGAAGGCUGGUCAUUAUCUUAGCCUCAUAAUAAACCCGUGAAGUGAUGAAUAGAUGACUGUGAAUACAUGAAAGUCAUUUAUAUGAAUUGCGCAUUAAGAAUUGGGAGCUUGUCAUAAUGUCGGUUCGUAAUAAACCCGUGAAGUGAAUAUAUGAAAAUCCCAUUAGCUCUGUUGGCAGAGCACUGCAUUGGUAUUCCAAAGUUCAUGGAUUCAAAUCUCGUAUGGCCUGAACUUUUCAGGCUUUAUUUUCACUACUGCUUAAGUAGUGCUCACUGCUGCGAAGAUCUCUUUCAUAUUCAUUUAUUAAUCCGCAGUUCCUAUGCAUGAUUUUCAUAUAUUCACGGUCACUAGCUUUAUUUUCUGUUUUGCAGGCAAGAAUCUCGGGUACGAAAAUUUGAGAGAAAUUUCUUUGCUUUAACGGCCUAAAACGAAAUCAAAGAUCACCAUUUUUUUUUAAAUACGCCGAGAGGAUUUAGACAGGGAUUUUGAGGGAGACCUUAACUCAUAUUCGGAGAUUUAUCAACCGAAGAAGAAAUGAACGAUAAAGGCACAGGUAGCCUAGGCUCGCUGGAUGCGCCCUAGUAAAUGUGCAAAUAUGGUUACGCUCUCUCGCACUCGGAGGAGACUAUAGUUCGCAGCGGUUAGGUUCGGGCGGCACAGUUUGGCACUAGCCCUAAGAUGUGUAUUGCUAAAAUUUUCACAGAAUUUAGAGUAGAUGUAAAUUCCUAUAUUACCUCACAGAUAAGAGGAAAAUAAAGCCUGUAAUCUUGCAGUUUGCUAGAACCGGACAUGAUACUAAGAAAAAAUUUUGAUUAUUUACAAUCGACAGCCGAAUUGAUACGGCGCUAUUGUUUGCCACAGCGAAAACAACACUAAAAUUUUGCAGAAAAGAAGAAAGGAGCUUUGAAUGGGACAUUUUGAUGAACUAAAAAGUAAUCCAACAAACUCUGCUAAUAUAUCAAAAAAGCUAUGGCAAAGUUUGAAACUUUUUGCUUGUUUUAUUACAUCUCUCAAGAGAGAAGUCCUUAUUUUGUCAACUUCUUUAAAGUUUCCAUCGGUAAAUCGAGGAAAUUUCAAUCAACACACUGCCUUACAUUUUUAAUAGCUUGUUCCAUAGUUAAAGAAAUUCAAAAUGUUUUUUGGAGAAAAAUUGAUAGGGAAAUAAAGCUCCUUACUCUCUAUCGAACAUACUUUCUGUGUUGAGUGGUCAAGACUGCAGGAGUUGCAGACCAUCGCAGAGACGCAAAGAGGUCUUAAUACAUUGGUCGGAGUUGCAAGGUCUCCAAAAUUUCAAGCCUUGCAAGUACAACUUUUGGUCAAGGCCAUUUCAACCCAAAUUUUUAGCGAAAACACAAUGAUUUUACUGGCUCUACACUGAGUAAAGAAGUUUCUAUAUUUGGAUCUCACCCACCCUAGUAUCUAUUGGGUCAUUGCGCGAUAUUAUCGAAAAACACCAGUUUGACCAGACUUUAAAGGCUGAACGCACGCAAACCAUGUUAAUAAACACGUCUAGUGCAUGGGUAGCCGUUCAAGUCUUCCAACUUAUAUUAUAGUAUAAACUGAUGGUAGAAAAUAAGAUAAAGAAUCAUACAAGGAAACUAGACACGUUUUCUAAAAUCAUGGAUGAUAGAAAAAUAAACUUCUGUCUUUCCAGUCCCAUUAACAUAAAUCAACUCUGUCUGUAUACUGUAAUCGAAUAAAAUUAAUAAAGCUAAGAAGUACGUAGUGGUAAACUCUCCUCUUCUUCUGUGUUUGUGUGAGUCUCAAAACCACUGUGUGAGUCUCAAAACCACUUGAAGUGCCUCGAAUUCUUAUUGAAGUGUCUCGUUUCUUCUCUUAAAUUCAUCUGCAUUGCGUUUGUUUGACAUGAAUUACUGAAAAAAAAGAUCUAUAAUUGUAAUGCCUUGCAGGCGAUACUUUCAAGCAAUUAAUAAUAACAGUUAUGAUCCAAGAGGCAUUACUCCGGUCAAUCCGUUGCAUUAGGUUAAAUUAUUCGCUGCGUAUUAUUUUUUUACCAAUUUAGCUUUUUGCGCAAAGAGCCCAAACAGGAAGAGGGAAGUUCAUUUCUAAUAUUAAUGAUCAUCUUGGCUUGAAAACAACAGUUUCUAUCGUAACCAUAGCUACCAGGUAGUAAUAAAAGGAAACACGUUUGGCUCAAUAACACUAAAGUUGGGCACCAAAGAACGUUGGAUCUUGAAAGGUAAGAGAUGACUGUAGUUAAUGCAUGAAAAACGAGUUUGACUUUCACAAAUGAUAAGAUAUGAUAUCCACCUUAACUCCUCUAUUUCCGUGUAGUUGAAAUAAAACGAAAAUGAAAUUUACCGAGCUUCCAAAUGUGGGUAUCACAACCAUUUGACGAGAAAACAUUUUCCGGUACUUGAAAUAAACAGGAUCAUUAUCCUUAAUUUUUAUUUUCCUACAACCGGUUUACUUCGUGAACCUUUUCUCAACGAUAUCUGUUUAUGUUAUAAUGACACCCCUUGUAGAAAUUGUAGUUCCAUCAUUACCAUAAAUAGAGAAAUAAGCCAAAUUCUAAAAAGUCAGUGCUGGCGGUUCCAAGCAUGUCACAAAUUGUGAAACUGGAAAGGAGAGGAAAUUCCAUAAGGCGACGAGAGUGAAUUUAAUACAAUGAUGAAGCUCACUCUUUGGGUUCAAUUUACAUUAAAGAAAAGUAACGUUGAUGGAAAAAAUCUUCUAUAUUUGAAAGAUCCAACUUGCCAAAAAGCUAUUAUCCUUGAGAUCAAGUUUGCGCAUAAAUCAACAUUCAGAGCGUCGUCUCGCUAAGGCCCUGAGUUAAGUAUAGCAGCUGUCUACCACUGAAUCGUUCUCAAUCAUUAUAAGGUAUCUCAGGAGUUCUGCCUCGACACUCUUGGUGCAUUCCCGAUGUAUCAAGGAGUAGUUCGUAAGUUGCUUGGCAAAUUCAUGGAAUUUCAGUGGCUUAAGAUCCCCCGUUUACGAAAGAUUUUCUGUUCGUUCAAAAUUAAAGAGCUCAGGAGAACUCGUCUUUAAUUAAUUUUGACGAUAAUGAAUGUGGGGGAACAUAAAACGACUUGUUUCUGAGGAUCUCAAACAGGAAAACUAUCUUUAAAUCCUUGCGCACAUGUAUCGUUUAGGGUAAGCAUGAGGGCCAAGCGAGAGAAUAUUUCGCUCGAUGUAAUAAAGUGGGUGGUACAGUUUGGCACUUGCCCUAAGAUCUGUGUCGCUACAUUUUUUACAAAAUUUAGAGUUGAUGCAAAUUAUUAUAUUACCUCAUAGAUAACAGAAAAAUAAAGCCUGGAAUCUUGCAGUCUACUAGAGCAGGACAAAAUACUUAAAAAAAAAAAAAGUCAAUUUUGGUUACUUACAAUCGACAGCCGAAUUGAUACGGCGCUGGGCAGAAAUUUAGGACAGUCAGCGGUUCGUGACGCGGGCUCUAUUCUGUACAUUUCAACCCUGCUGAGUCUGCGUAGCUUGGUUGUGAAGCAGUCGGAAAGCUAUCAGCGAGCGAAAUGCCAAAAAUUUUGUUUUAUAAAUCGCUGAAUGAUCUCAGUACCGCGGAUUUUUACACAGAGAGAAAGAGAAAAAAAAUCUAGAUUCUACGAGAUCGAAAGAGUCGUUUCAAAAAGAGUCGGCAAGGAAAAGGUAAGCGAAUCUGCUUUGCUCCGAGUGUUUGACUGAAAUGAAUCUCUCUUUCAUAACGAAUACUCGUUAAACCUUACUCAAUCGUUGGUCUAGAUUGAAUAUUUCAUCAAGUGGAAGGGCUACUCCAGCCUACAAAACUCCUGGGAGACAGAAGAGGAUUUAAACGCCUUUGCUUUGAGGUGAGAUAUCAUGUGUGAUUAACAGCUUUAUAAUUACACAAAAAACAGUGGGAAUCCGUUACAUUGGUUUCCUCUGUUGAUAUUCUGUGCUUGUAUGUAAUAAUUUCCUAUUCAAUGUAAAAAUUGUAAUACUAUUUUUUUAAGAUGAAUGUUUUUUCCUUGCCCUUAGGUCAUUCAACAACCCAAGGCUCACACAGCAAGAGAUUGCUGAUGCCAGUGAGGGUCUCCACAUUGGCAUUUUAGAGCAGUUAAAAUCAAAGUCUCAAUUGCCCACUGUCAUUGCUUUUAACCACACUUAUUUUAACUUUUUGUUUAAAGUUAAGGGACGGAAAAGUAAUGACAGUGGAUACAUCCUCCUUGAAAAACAGGAUUUUAUAAGAUGCCACUUUCCUAAUGGGUGGCACAGGCUAAUAGAUAGUAUAGGGGAUGGGGUGCAAAUUGACUUUCCUGUGAAGGUCAGAUUGUUUUUGUCAUGGAGUUCAAAGACUCAUAGCUUGACAGGGGAGUUAAUUACACCUUGCCCACGAUAUAGGCCAGAAAAAUUGAGUAUUUCUUUUUGUAAAGCAGCAUGUAGCCUGACAUGAGACAAAUUAAAGAAACCAAGACUUGAUUUGAUUCUAUUUGGCAUUGUGUAUUUAUUACGAAAUAGAAAAUCUAUAUUUUUUUAGUAGUUCAUUACAUAUUCUUAUAUUGAGUCAAAUUUUUCAUAUUUACAACCUAGAAGUACUUGCAGUGUGCAGGCUGUUUUACAAUUUGUUAAGCAAGUAUAAAGGACACAAGAGUAGACCUCCACUUCAUUAAAUGCCAGCUUUAAGAGAACAUUUUUACAAUCCAAAGAACAAAAAAAUCAAUAGUUUUGUAGUAUUUGAGAUUGCUAUCCCAAUCAUUGUUGUUAUUGUUCUAUUUUUCAACACUGAGUUCUCUCCAUUGUUCAGUGCAGUGGUGGUCUACUAAAACUACCCUAGAUAUAUAUGUUACCCUCAUGGUAAACUAACCGUUACUCAGGUUCUUCAGGAUCAAAUGUUGUUUUCCUUUCCUUGCUCCUUGCCUCAAGGAGAUCUUUUUCCCCAGUAUUCUGUAUUUGAUUUAUUAUAUGGCCUUUUCUCCCUUUCUGAUUUACUUAGUGCCCAUGGUCUGGCCUCAACUUUUAGGACAUCUGAGGCAGCAUCCCAUUUAUUUGAUUUAUGUAAUACAAUGUUUCUAGCAUAAUCAUUGUUUUUCUCCACACCCUGCCCUGUGAAAAUUUUUACAGACUUGUGGGUCCUGAAGAACUUGGGGAUAUGGAACACCAUAGCAUGGAUAUAUGGUGUUAUUCGUGCACGUUCAUAACCCUUUCUUUUGUCUCUUAGAGAAAUGAAAAGGUUUGCCUAGCUUUUAGCCAUUUCAAAAAAAUCUGUAAUUUGCUUAUCUGAAUUUUGACCACUUCCAAUAAAUGUAUAUAGUUCCCUAAAGUCUUCCCAUAUUUUCUUGACAGUAUUUGAAGUUGAAGUCUGAACAACACUUAAAAUUUUGCCUGGGAGCUCUCCCAGGAGUUGCUUUUUGUCAUUCCCAAGCAAACUUGUAAAAUCAUAGGUGCCUGAUCCCUUUCCAUCAGCAUUGGUUUUUUUCCCAGAUAUCAAAACUAACCCCACAUGAGCGUAUUGCAGCCUGUAGCCUCUCUCGAUGAACACUUCUCUUUUCUCCCAUCAUCAAAUCAUCAAAUCAUCUUUUUUGUCCCACUGUAAUACAUCCUCCAGUAAAUUAUUUAGCAACACAUCAACUACUCUAAGUAAAAGGUGCAAUUCGUCUAAAAUUACAUGAUCUAACUCAAUGUUUAAUAGAGGCUCAUGUUCACAGCAAAAAUUUUCUCUGCCCUUUUUUGAUAAUUCUUUUAAUUCUUUUAGUGUUCUUUGCAAUGGUGGCUUAUUGUAAAAAUCUUCCUCAUGGUUCAUAUCCCAUCUUUUAUCUUUGUGAACUUUGCACCAGGCACAAGCAUAGAAUGAGGUGGCACCUUUGAGACCCAACAUGAUUAAAAUGAAUUUAUAAUCUCCCCCCAAAAAGAAUUCAAGUUUUAUUUCUUUCCCAUUAAUUGUGAUUUUGGUCAUUGAAUUUAGAUCAUUUAUGUCUGAAAAUACAUUAGCAAAUGACUCCUUCGGUGUUUCAUAAUUUUCUGAGCCCUUCACAAUGGCGAUUGUGUUAUUUCCCCUUGCUGACAUUUAAUGACUGUUAUUUUGCAACAAAGCAAAAGAAAGAAUGAUAAAGGUUGUAUUGCGAGUCAUCCUUGCCCCAUCCCCUGAUAUUUUAACUUUAACACUUUCAUUUUCAAAAUCAAAUUCUGGAUUUUGGUUGAUUAAAUUUUGCACCUUUUCCUUGAGAAGUUCCUUGAAUGAAACUUCUGCACCCUCAGCCCUCCCAGGUGUAGAUACAAUAUGGCACAUGUCAUUUAGUUGCGUUCGCCAUUGCUUAAUUAGAUAUGAUUUUGGAAGAUCAUUAUACAUUGAGAACUCAUGAUAAAAUGAGUCCCCCACACAAAAUUUGUCUAAAAAAAAAUAAAAUUUUAUCUACUUUUUCUUUUUCCUCUUCUGAAAGGGAGUCAAACCCUGUGGCAGUGUUUUCUUGCUGCUCAUCACUGGCCAUUUUUACAUUAUGCUUGCUUCCAGUCUGGACUUCUUUCAUGGCAAUUGACUCAAUUUCUAGUCCAAAGGACUUGGCAAACCACAGUGCUGUCUGAGCUCUUGUCAUGAAAGUCUUCAAAGUCCUCGACUUUUUCUUUACUUGAAAAAUGUCUUUCCCCUUGUAGUCUUGCUGAGUUGUCUGCAGGCGUUCAAUAUAAUCAAUUAAUUCUUUAUUUGUGGUCUCAGCUUUUUCAACAUCAUCUUGAACUGUUCUUAUUUCAGCUUGCAUUUCAUGAAGCAUUUUUCUCUUUUCUUCCUCCCAAUUUGCAUAGUUUCAUUUCCACUCUUCAAUUUCUUCAUGCAGGGAAGAGUUCAACUCCUUUAGUUGUUCAUUUUCCCUCUCCAGCUCUGCUACUGACUGAACAUGCCUCUCAAACACAUGGAACUUUUUUAGUUUCGAGUUCAGGGCAAGGCCCUUUCUCCCCCUGAUCUGCUUGUAUUGAGAGUUCACAGAAGAAGCUUAUUUUCGCAGAGAUUCAUUCAACUCUUUUCUCACUUCUUCCGAUUUUCUGAUAGAAAACAGAUUGCAAGGAAUAAGUAAGUUCAAACAAGUCUAUGUAAGUUUUAUAUUUUUUCCUCGUACGUUUCUGAAAUACUUCCAGCGUGAUCGGACCUUGCGUCAGUUCACCAUCCACGUGUUCUUCUUCCUCUGUCCCUUCAUUUUCUGGUUUAUCAAGGAAUUCAUUCCAAGCUUUAAGCAUAGGGAAAGGUAUGUCAAAGGUAAAUGCAACAUUUUCCGCCAUGGACUGUGAGACAUAUUUCAGUGAAGGAGGUUGUGGUGCCAAUUUCGUAUUAAAUAUAUAGUUGGGAGGAGGUGCGUCCGACAUUGUAAAUGUUUCAAGUGAUUACGAAACGGGAGCUUUGUACGGAGUUUUUUACGAUGAAAUGAUAACCCAAUAUACUCUGCAAAACAUGCUUAUGGCAAAGUUUGAAACUUUUUUCUAAUUUUAUUACAUUUCUCAAGUGGGAAAUUCAUCCUUAUUUUGUCAACUUAUUUAAAGUUUCGGUCGGUCAAUUUUAAUUAGCACACUGCCUUACAUUUUUGAUAGUUUAUUUGAUAGUUAAAGAAAUUCAAAAUGUAUUUUUGGAGAGUAAAUGAUAGAGAAAUAAAGUUCUUAACUAUCUAUCGAACAUACUUCCUGUGUUGAGUGGUCAAGACUGCAGGAGUUGAAAAUCAUCGCAGAGACGCGAAGAGUUCUUUUGCAAUCGCACUAAACAACCCCUGGGUGUAUGUCUCACAAUGAAAACUUUACUAAUAUAUUGGUCGGAUUUACAAAGUACUCAAAAUUUCAACCUUUGCGAAUGCAACUUUUGGUCACGGCCAUUUCAACCCAAAUUUUUAGCGAAAACACAAUUUUAUUGGCUCUUCACUAAGUAAAAAAGUUUCUAUAUUUGGAUCCCACCUACCCUAGUGACUAUUGGGUCAUUAGGCAACAUUGUCUAAUAACACCUGUUAGACCAGACUUUAAGAGAGUGUCUCUGUAAGAGCGGUCCGGUCGACUUUGCUUCAUUUCUUGUGUGUUGUAAGACAUUCAUGUACCUAUACUAAAACCACAAUCUGUUUGAUCAGAUCUCUUUAUUUUUCAGAGUUUUACGGAAAUUAAAUUUCACUCGAGUGAAGGCCUGUCGUGACACUUUUCAAGACUUUAAUUUGAGACAACUUUGGAGGACAAUUUACAGAAAACUACGGAGCUCAGCAAAAAACAAAUAUCACAGCCAUGUAUAUUAACUCUAUCUUAUCUAUCGUGGCGACUUUAGUAAACAUCACGUUUCAAUCAAGCAAACAAGAAGACUUGAAUGACACCUUAUCGGUUCGCUUAAGUCACACACGCGAAGACCGAUCAAAUUCAAGGUAAAUUUUUGAAAAAGUGACGCGUUCUUAACUGAUCCAACUAACAUAGCUUGGAAGUAGGUGCCAUAGAAAAGGUAACUACAGAAAAAAACUUUGCGGCCGGACCUUUAUGAAAACUUAAUAACUCAGCGAACUUACCUAAUUUUCGGCAAUCUCCAAGUUUGGCCGUUAUUUUGAGGGACUUGUCAACAUGAAGCGUAGCAGAUAUAAAUCGAGCAGGUAGAACUAAAACCGUCAGAAAUACAUACGAAAGCAAUUCAAAUGAACUUUACUUUCAAUUCAAGCGCCAAAAUAUGAAAUUGUUUGUUAAACUUGCCAUUCCUACAUCCCCAUGCGACCAUUUCUUUCAACAAUUCAAACACUACAACUAGUGUUCGAAUUCCCCUCGUCGAUUCCACCGUAAGAAAUAACCUGUGCCACCCAAGCUUCGACUCGAAUGUGAAGUACGACUCACAUAACACAACUGCUUCAUCUUCGAGGCAAUAUCACGCUGGUAUUUUGAUUUUCUGAUCGACAAGAACGGAGCGAUCGCCAUGUUUACCUCAUAAACGUAACCGCUGACCAGCCGCUGAGUUAAAACCUCAGUGGUGAGGGUAGGGUGUGGGGUGGGUGCAGGCAGAUUAUCAGAAGAUUUUUGGGAACAUUCGAAUAUAUUCAUUAAACUAUUAUAAUAUGCAUUAGGAUCUCAGUCUUAGUACGAAGGCAUGCUUUGUGUUGCAGACAAUUUUUGUUUUGCUUAGUAUUCUUUUUUUCUUUCAAAUACAUUUCGUUCCAAAAACGACUGGCAUUAAUUCAUAGAUUUAUAAACAAAUCUUUACCAUGUAAAUAAUUUGUUUAGAUAAUCGAGAUAACCAUUGAACCUAUUGUAUCGCAUCAGUAGUAACGUGUCUUGUCUUUGCCCAACUCCGGGAACGUGGAGCGGCAAAUACGCGAGAUACGAGUCUCGCGUCUCGCGGCUUCUCCAUGCUCACAGGAUACGCGUGACCUCACUACCUUUUCACUACCUUGGCAAGGACUGGCCUAUUUCACCUCGCUCAGGAGGAUAAACAAAAAAUGUGGAUUUGCUAUAGGCAUCGCCACACGUUGGGGAAGUUUUGGGGAAGUUUUGGAGAAGUGCAAAGGUAACAUGUCAGUAUCCUGAUCAUGAUGGUGUCAGGAAGCGUAUCCAAGGCAGAGAUGUAAUUACCUCGAAUAUUUCUCAGGAUAUUCAGAAGCUUUUUGAAGUUAUUAUUCCAGUUGGAUCAGGCAGUCUUCAGUAACAUUUUCCAUUAUCUUUUUUUGUCCCGUGACAUCUCUGCUCAUAAAGAGAAGAAACUCUUUAUUAGAUUAAGGGUACUUAAGUACACAUCACGUUGAAAAAAUAUAGAUCUAUGUGUAAGUGCUUUUAAUUGCAGAUGGAAUAUGAACAAUGUUCUUUGGUUGAUAAUUAAUAUUGUUUUUGUAGAAGAUCAAAUUACUGACAACGCAAUACACUUAUUCAUGCGUACGGUUCACAAUUAUUUGCGGUCAGUUUUCCUCAGUUUGUAUGAUUCUCAUUAACCAGUAUGAUUAAAUUUGUAGACUAAAACACCCCUUAUUUGAUUAAGAAUAAUAAAAGUAAACAGUGCAUGUCGGUUUUCAAUUCCUGAUGGAUGCUAUUGGGCCUUACUUUCAACAGAGAAAUUUGCAAUCGCAUACCUUAGCUCUCUGUGUCCUAUGCCGUAAGAAGUACGAGAAAAAAGUUGAUGAUAGUGAGUCUUGGCUGAGACAAGAAGAAUCAGAGAAGAAUCUACGGUCCCCAGAAACGCCACUGUUAAACACGAGACAACUAAGGUAAAUUGAAUUAAGUGGUAUUUAUUUUAUUGAAAACUAUCGUUCAGAUUAUAGGAUACACGAACUACUCUCCCCACCGAUUUUUUCUUACAUUCUGUUAAUCAAAAGUUUCAGUAAUUAUGAAGGCUUCCUUGUUGAUCGUCUUAAUAGUAAUAGUUUCCAGGAUCCAAGGGGGGCAAAAGAGAGAACAAUUUUCUCCGUAGUUGGGUAAGGCAACGUGCCGGCUUUAUACUUCUUCCGGCGUGAUAACGAUAAUGAUGACAACAAUGGGUAAAAAGCACCGUCUGCUAUUAAUGACGAUUAUCAUAGUUAUAAACAAAUCUCAGUCAUAGUCCUGAAAAAAAUCUCAGGGGGUCCUUUGAACCAUCCACUUCAUCUCGCCAGAAGUCAAAGUUGCCUACACUCAUUCGAAGGUUCGUGCGAUUUUACGAUGAAUUUUCAAUUCCGGUGUGUUGCACGCGCGACUUUUGAUAAAAAAAAUCUGCACGCGCCAUAACUUAAAAGAACGUGUCAGCUAAAUGAAUCAAAUCUCUAUCAUUUUGCAUACAUUCUUGGGAAUAGCAAAAAUGACUUAGAACAAACAUUCUAAGUAUAGUUUUCAUUCCGUGCAAUAGGCCAUAAAUAAAAGGUUCUGGUGGAAAAGACACCUUAUUUUAUACCACAGAUGACAAGCAAAAAGGUCAUAUGGGUACCCCAGUUAAAAAUAUAUCGAUAACUCUAUUUAUUAAUACCAGUUUUAAUUUAAAGGAGAAAGUUAUGAGAAUGAAAUAAAAGUUGUCUGUACCACGAAGCAUGCCCUCACUGUUUAGACUGGUAGUCCUAAAACUUUUUAAGUAUGUAUUCGAAUAUCUAAUGACGAUAAGCCCGCCACCCACCCCACCCCGCGCUACACUGUUUUCACUCAGCGGCUGGUCAGCGGUCAUGUUUUUGAGGUAAACAUACCGAUCGAUUCCUGAUCACCGUUCUUGUCGAUCAGAAAAUCAAAAUACCAGCGUGAUAUUGCCGCUAAGAUGAAGCAGUUAUGUUAUUUGAUUCGUACUUCACAUUCAAGUUGAAGCUUGGGUGGCACAGGUUAUUUCUUACGGUGGAAUCGACGAGGGGAAUUCGAACACUAGUUGUAUGCGACCGUCUCUUCCAACAAUUCAAACACUGGGGAUGAUAAGUUUAACGAACAAUUUCAAAUUUUGCCGCUUGAAUUGAAAGUAAAGUUCAUUUGAACUGCUUUCGUAUGUAUUUCUGACGGUUUUAGAUCUACCUGCUUGGUUUAUAUCGGUUACGCUUCAUGUUGACAAGUCCCUCAAAUGGCGGCCAAACUUGAAGAUUGCCGAAAAUUAGGUAAGUUCAAGGAGUUAUAAAGUUUUCGUAAAGGUUGGGCCGCAAAGUUUUUUUUUGAAGUUACCUUUUCUAUGGCACCUACUUCCUAGCUAUGCUAGUUGGAUCAGUUAAGAAAGUCUCACUUUUUCAAAAAUUUACCUUGAAUUUGAUCGGUUUUGGCGGGUGUGACUCAGGCGAACCGAUAAGGUGUCAUUCAAUUCUUCCUGUUUCCUCGAUUGAAACGUGAUGUUUACGAAAGUCGCCUCGAUAGAUAAGAAAGAGUUAAUAUUCAUGGCUGUGAUAUUUGUUUUUUGUCCUCCAAAGUUGUAUGAAAUUAAAGUCUUGAAAAGUGUCACGACAAGCCUUCGCUCGAGUGAAAUUUAAUUUCCGUAAAACUCUGAAAAAUAAAGAGAUCCGAUCAAACGGAUUGUGGUUUUUAGUAUAGGUACAUGAAUGUAUUACAACACACAAGAAAUGAGCGAAAUCCGUGUUACAAGCACAAUCGACCGGACCGCUCUUACAGAGACACUCUCUUAAACGCUUUACGCAUGCAAACACGUCUAGAGCAUGGGUAGCCGUUCAAGUCUUUCAACUUGUAUUAUUGUAUAAACUGAUGGUAGAAAAUAAGAUAAAGAAUCAUACAAAGAAAAUAAACGCGUUUUAGAAAAUUAUGGACGACAGCAAAAAACACUUCUGUCUUUCCAGUCCAGUUAACAUAGAUUAACUAUAUAUAUGCUCUGGUCGAAUAAAAUGAAUAAAGCUAAGAAGCACGUAGUGGUAAAUUCUCCUCUUCUUCUGUGUUUGUGUGAGUCUCAAAACCAUUUUUGCUGGACUUGUCUUGCAUUUUUAUUGAUGUGUCUCGUUUCUUCUCUCAAAUUCAUUUGCAUUGCAUUUGUUUGACAUCAAUUACCAAAAAACGAUCUAUAAUCAUAAUGGAGUUUACACCUGGCGUGACAGGCGAUACUCAAUGAAUUAAUAAUAACAUUUUAUAGUCCAAGACGUAUUUAUCCACUCAAUCCGUUGCAUUAGGUUAAAUUCUUCGCUGCGUAUUAUUUUACCAAUUUAGCUUUUUGCGCAAAGACCCAAACAGGAAGAGGGAAGUUCAUUUCUAAUAUUAAUGAUCGUCUUGGCUUGAAACUAACAGUUUCUAUCGUAACCAUAGCUACCAGACAGUAAUAAAAGAAAACGCGUUUGGCUCAAUAACUCUAAACUUGGGCGCCAAAGAACGUUGGAUCUUGGAAAGUAAGAGAUGCCUGUACUGAAUGCAUGAAAAACUUGAGUUUGACUUUCACUCCAUGAUAGAUAUGAUAUCCAGCCUUAACUUCUCUAUUUCCGUGUAGCUGAAAUUAAACGAAAAUAAAAUUUACCGAGCUUCCAAAUGUGGGUAUCACAAAUAUUUGGCGAAAAAACAUCUUCAUGCAGCUACUUGAGAGAAACAAGAUCAUUAUCCUUAAAUUUUAUUUUCUCGAACAAAACAUUUACUAUGUUAAACAAUAGGGAAAAACGUAUUGUUUAUUCUCGUAGAGUGCGUGAAGCAGGCUAAAUGUUUCAUCGUGCACAAAUUGUGGGGAUGAUUUUAUCACACGGACGGAGAACGAAAAAAGCCGUGAGCAAAAGAAAUUGUCGCAUUAAAAUCUUCUAUUAAUCACUCAAUAAAAAAAAUUACGAUCACACGAACUUUGUUCUGCGUUUUGAGACAGAAGGCUGAGAGGUUUGUUUCCAGCUGGAAGCAGUAGAAAACCCUAUAAACGAAGAUCAUGCCGUUAUAGUGCAAAUUUCUUGCCUGACAGUUGCUUAUACGAGUUUUUGGAUUAAAAAGUCUAAGACAACUUAACGUCUCAGUACCUGCUUUUCCUAGGGUUUUUCGCCGCAAAUUAGACCUCCUCUAGAAGGUAAUCGAAAUUUUUACAAUGUUGUUCUAAGGACUAAUUUCGGUGUUUAAUAAGCAUGUUAACAUGUAAAGAUAUUCCUAUGAGACCCAAUUCUCUUCAUCGAGCGAAGCGGAUAACAUCUAUCUGCGUCAUUUGCAUUAAUUUCCACAUAGAACUGACAGCCGCAAGCUUUUUUUUUAAAUUUAUUUUCAUAAUACGGUUUUGUUCAUAAAACAGGUCGAUUUUGGAAGCUUAAUCCACUUCUGGGAGCUGGCGAUCAACUUAAAACUUGUGUCAUACGCGCGGGGUAGAAACAUAAAACCGUUACCUUGAAGAAGGCAUGGAAUUUGUUAAUUUUUCAUGUUCAUAAGAUGGACUGCAUUAUUCACUGAUUUGACUUUUGGAAAAGGUGAGUUGCAGAGACAGAAUCAUUUUUUAUCCUCAGAUUCACUUAUGAGUACAAGCUUAUUAAUAUAUCUCCUUUAUUCUCUUUUGCUGAUACAAAAAGAGGUAAUGUUACAACAAUUAGCAAAGACUAAGUCAAAAAUCGACAUUCGACAUCCACCCAUGAUUGGAACUCAUUUUUGAAAAAUUAAAAGGUAUUUAACGAAAAUUUUUUAUCGUUUCUUAUUCAGAAAAUUGGAUUUUGGAUUCAAAACGACCAAAAACUUUGGCUAAUACGAAUUACUUUAUUCAAAAUGGUUACAUUCCCAUCUCUCCUCUCUCAACAACAUUUAAGCAUGGCACUAUAUGUUAUGUUCAAUUUCCAUGUGUUUUAUUACGCGGGAAUUUGAAGUUUUUGCAUGGUAUGGAAGCACAUUUUAACCGCUCUUAAUCGUCUCAGAAAAAUUGUUUUUACAUAAGAGUCGCAAGUCUCAGAGAAAGUUAUUAGCUCAAACAUGUUUAUAAGUUAUAAGAUAAGUUUAAAGUUACUCACCUCAAAAACAGGUGGCAUCUGUCGACCGUUAAAUUGUUGAUAAUUUCGAUAUUUUUGGUUUGAAAAAUAUAGUGUUUGACUUUUUUUAUUUUAAUUUACUCUUUCCUAGAAAAAGUCGAAUUCCCCAAUGUAUACUAAAUUCAUCGAUAGAAACAUCUUGAACCGGUAUAUGAAUCUGCUGAGUGAUGCCAGACAAAGAUGGCUUGUCUCAAUGAAAAUUAGCAUAAAUUUCCUCUUUCUAUGAUAAUCGGUCUAAAUAACCGAAGGAAAUCGUGUAAACUCGAGUAGGAAAAAUCUGAAUUUUCAAGGACUUGUAAAAUAAAAAAGGCGAAAAAAGGUUUAUUGAGAAAAACGAUUUUUUUUUCAUGACAUCGAUUAUGAAGUAGAGAAGGAAUUUGAAAAAAAAUUUGCGGAUAGCCUAUUAACGGCUUUUGUUCCAUCUUCCCUAAAAUAAUAAGAGGAGAGAAACAAAACACACGAAAAUGCUCUCUAAGAACCUUGUGUCUUCACAAAAGACAAGUGAUGCUCGAUGCUACCAAGUUUUGUUCUUGUUUUUUUUCCUUUUUGUUUUACUUUACAGUUUUUUGGAGGGGGAGGGCUGGAGAUAUUUAUCUAGGGCCCUAUUAUACAAAACGUUAGGAAUUUAAAAUAUAACAGUGGUGACAGCGACAUCAACAAAAGCAAUUAAAAACAUCACUCAAAUUUGCCUUGUCCCAAGUAUUUUAUUUGUUAACCUUCUUUAUCUCAGAUAGGCAAAAAUCCGCAAAUGAAGGCAGUAGUAACUUCUUGGUAGGCUGGUUAAGUUACACGGAACCUAUAAUUUUUUUUUUCCUAAUUUUACAAGAUAGCACACCAAAAGUAGAGUUAUAAGGAAAAAACGGAUCUAGCAACCGUUUCCUCACAAAUUCCUGUCCUUAAGAAGACCGUAGAAAACGAAAUAGAGGCAAUGCAUAAUUCAAGGUACGAAUAAAAUUUAUUGGAUGUCUUACCGCCUUGAUGUUCUACGAGCCUGCUUCUCUAUGUUCGUACAUGAUUUUAAGAACCUCAAUGCCGUAAUGUUGCCGUUAUGGCUAAAAGAUUCCAAGGAUUCUGUUAUCGAUUAUAAAACGACGAAUGUAAUGCCAUUUUCGAGUGGCCUUGAGUUGUUAUCAAUGAGUCGUUUUCCUUCAACGGAAGCAGUAUUGCUAUCGCAGUCAGCUUUUAACUUCCCGAACUGAUUAUUUCAUAAAUGCUUGAUUAAAAACCAGGCAAAUCAUAAUUUAUCCUUUGAUAAGUGUACGCUGCAAGUUUCAGGAUGAAGAUUAUAACACACACGAUGCUUCGCAAAGGAAAUCUUGCAAGUUUCACCACAAUAUUCUGUAUUUCUAGCAUCUGCAUUUCCUUGAUUGUUAAUUCCAUAUUCUACAUACGCACAUACUUACUUCGUUUCAAGGCGCCAAUGAAACACAUUUAACGAAAGAUGAAUCGUAAUCGGUGGAAUAUAGGUCUACAUGAGCUUUAUUCGAACAGUUUGGUCGAUACAUAUUUCCAAAAAUAGCACGAUUUAAUUUAUCGCCUGCAUAGAUAAAGUAUUCUCUAUGUCGUUGAAAACGUGAAUAAGACCAGUCGACAGUUAAAAGACAACUAUCUGAUAACAACUCGAAUAAUAGACAGGGCCUUUAGAGCGACGCUAAAUGAGUUCCUUGCAAAAUGCACGCCUCUUAGCUAAGGCAAACCCCAUGUUUUGAAAGCUGUCUUUGAAACAAUUUCACAAUUCUCUACUGGAACAUUUUCUUGAAUUCACGUAAAGUUCUUUGCUUCAGAUACAAAACAAAAAUGUAACGAAUGUUGAAAAAAGGUCGUCCGUGCAUAAGUUCUAAAGAUUGUUUGACAGUUUUCAAUUUCAGAAAUAAAACCAUUCGUGCAUCGAGACUAAUACAAUUGCAAAUUUAAACAAUAGAGACUUGAGGAUUAGAAAUGUGGAUCACACAGUUUUUCCAACGUUUUAUUUCUUUAAUUAAAUUGAAGUUCGAAAUUAUUGAGCUAUUUUUCAGUAGCAUAUCACACCUAUUGAGAACUUAAACAAUUUUUAAGUGUACCUUGAAAAUUCGAGCAACUUCCACCGAAGAAUUAGGCAAUUCAGUCAUUUGGUGUCUCAUAGAAAGACGUAAACAGCAUCUGAUAUGUGCCUUGUCUGUCAUCUUGAACAAAACAUUUAAUAAGUUAAAUAAAGGGGGAAAAUGUAUUGUUUAUUCUGGUAAAAGUGCGCCUAAACUAUGUUUUAAAACUCCUACAGAGUGCGUGAAGCCGACUAAAUGUUUCAUUGUGCACAAAUUGUCGGGAUGAUUUUAUCAUACGGAAGGAAAGAGUUGUGCUCUUUGUCUAACUUGUGGUGACGAAGCCGUGGGAAGAAGAGCGAACGAUUUUACAAGAAUAGGAACUUUUGAAAUAAUUUCGAGUCGUUAUUACGUGUUGAUUUAACGUUGGUUGAGACAAGACAAAGACAAUUCAAUAAACUUUGAGUAAUAUUAAAAGUAAGUAAGCAAAAUUCAAGAAACUGUGUAUGACGAAAAAAAAUUAACUUUUUUGUAGCGAUAAUAAUUUAUUUGAACUACAUUGUCGACGACUCAUUAAAAACUGUCAAGCUAAAAAAUAUUUAGCAAACAAAUUUUAAGUAUUUGGCGGAACAAUGCAAAUUCACACCGCAUUUUAUUUGGUCUGUUUGUCCUCACUGUCAACUUGAAUUUAUAUUGUAGCUCUGAAGCCUUUGAGGUUCGAGCGAUUCAUUUGAAUUGCGUGUGCUUGACGUCUGUGAAUUAUGCUCAUUGUGACUUUCGCGCAAAAUGGAGCCGUGUAAACUUUGGUGGAACAAAUAGAAGAAACAAGAAAGUUCUUAUCUAAAGUUAAUCACCGUUUUGGCUUGAAACCAGGUGUUUCUAUCGUAACCAUAGCUACCAAAUUGUUUUAAAAGAAAGCACUUUUACCUCAAAAGCAGUGAGGGACCAAAGAGCUUUGCAUCUUGAGAGGUAAGAGUUUAUCAUAUUGAAAACACCGAUGAAUGAUUUGAGUAAUACUUUCCCUGGAAAAUAUAUAUUCUUUACGAAAAGGUUUUUACGCCGCAACUCCUUUAAUUCCGCAUACCAAAGGAAAAAGGUUGGCUUCACUCCCAAAUAAGGGUAUGGUGCGAUUUUAAAAGAAAAUUAUCUUGAGGUCCUUUUCAACGAAAGUAGAUUAUCGAUACGCGAGGUUUACUAACUGAACCUUUAAAUGAUUACUUCUAUGCACCACAAAAGUUCUGAUAAAUAAUAUGUUGCUCUGUUUAUCUAAAAAAAUUACCAAAAGGUCGCUAAAGUUUGAACCCCGUCCAAAAUGUUGAAUGUGUUAAGAACAACUUAGAAAGAAUUAUUCAUCACAUAUAGUUUGGAAGCCUUGUAUUUGAAUUUUUCUUGCCCUUUUGGUUACUGAACUUUGUAGAUGAAUAAAGGGUUUAAACAAUCUUCGGGAUUUUCAUUUCAUAACUGAAUGAGGAUAAUCAGCAGCUUAUAAAUGUUAAUUAGCCAACUUUUUAAAAAUUGUAUUUUUUCUCGCUCAUAAUGAGACUAUGUUAUUUCAUCUGAAGUUUUUGUGGAGUUUGAGUCGUUGUCACUUCACAUUUGGAACCAAUAUUUCGAAAUGAAGAUUUUUAAUGCUUGAACAUUCGUUCUUCUAUGGGGGCGUAAAGUGAUCAGGCCUAUCAGGAAGACAUUUCAAAAUGCCUUAAGCAGAUCAAAGUUAUCAUUCCACAGAAACCGAAGGAGCCUUCAAAUUUAAGUUUAAUGUUAAGAGUUGUGCUGAUCUUCCUUGACGAUUGACAUCCUAUCGAGCCUUGUGCAAAUUGUUUACUCACAUCAUAAACUAGAAAGUGCCUGAACGAAUUUACAGGCAAGGUUUUAAUGUACGUGUAGUAUUAUUUCUAUAUGGCUUCAUCUGAUAUCAAACAAGUUUUGUUGAGGGGAAACUCGUCUUUUUUCUUUCUAUGAUCCUAUUCUCAAUAUUUUCAGAUUCAGCUCAAGCAAAGAAGUAUGUGGUGGCUGUUCUGCCAUUUAAGAUUCGUCCUUUUCGCUUCUAACAUGGAGUUUGUCGCAGCUAACGAUCAAUGUAGGACAGAAAUAAACAUACAAGGAAUGGCUCUCGAGGGUCAUGUCUUCAAAAGGUGUUCACUGGCGGCUCCUCACCUUUGCGAUGUCAAAUGUGGACAAGAGAUCACGUGCCAAAGCUAUAACUACAAUCGAAAAUACCAAAUAUGUGAACUAAAUAACCGCACCAAGGAGGCGAGACCAGACAAUUUCCUUUCAGCACCCGCGUGUUUUUACAUCCGGCGAUUGAACGGCAGAGGUAAGAAAUCAAAUGUCUUUCUAUCUGUGUGACUUCUAUUUCUCUUAAAUCUUCUCCAUCCUCAGCCUGGUUCCUUCUCACCAGGAAGAGCUAAGAAUAGGAAGUAAAUGUAAAACAUAUCUUUACUACAGCUCCCUUAGGUUCUAUCCCUGAAUUACCGGCGCUGUCUUGUCACGAAAUAAAGGCGAGUGAAGGUAAACACACCAUAAGCGGCAAGUACUGGUUAGAUCCAACUAGGAAAGGAAAGGCGAAACUGAUUUACUGUGAUAUGGUUAACGAAGGUAGGUCCUAUAACUUUCCUUGAGUUAUUUUAUUUUGUGGCGAGUUAUCAGUAUCAUGAAAUUAUUAUAAAUUUUACCAUUAUUGAUAUCAUUAUCGUAAUAUUUGGUUUGGAUCAGUUCUAGCGUGGAUGCCUCUCAAGUUGCUCUAACUUAGUCACUGCCUCUCUUUCAACAUUUUAGAUAUGGAUGAAUGUAAAUUUAACAUCAGUGACUGCGACGUGAAUGCAAACUGUACUAACACAUAUGGUUCUUACAAAUGCACAUGUAAAGUGGGAUACACCGGCGAUGGACGCUCGUGUUCAGGUAGUUUUAAUAUUUCCAUAUAUAACUAAUUUUUGUUAAUCGUCUCAUAAUUUUAUGCAGCGUUAUCCAUGCAUGUUUAUGCACAGAGUUAUCAUGAUCUACAUAUUUUGUUAAACAUUUUGUAAUGAUAAGAGGAAUUACAUGACUAUGGGUCAUAAAAAUGAUAAAGUGAAAAAUUUAUGAAUAGUUUCUCAGAUAUUUACGAGUGUAAAGGAAAUUCUACAUGCACGAACACCAAAGGAUCGCACGUUUGUACUUGUCACCCCGGAUAUAAUGAAAAUGGAAGCGACUGCACAGGUACUUAAUGCGUUUCCUUUGUAACCAUUCCCAUAAGAAAGAAAAGCACUAUCAUCUUUGUAAGAGUUGUUUUACCAGCAUACCUUGUAUAAAAAGAGAUGAGUGUAGGCCUGAAGACAAUGGGGAUAAUGACACCAUUGUAUUCAAUAAACAUUCAGUGGUAAAAAAAUCUCAACUGGCAAAGGAGACUUGAUGGAUAGGCUUACAGGACAGAACAACGGAUUUGAACUUGGGGAAACCGAGAAAAAAUCUGGUAAGUGGUAACAGGAAGUGCUCACGUCUAGAACCACAAGACAAAGACUUCUCAGCUUAUGCCCGGCAACUUUUCUCCAAUUGCAUUUUUUUUUUAUGUUUAUGAUUUUUCAGAUAUUGACGAGUGUAAAGGAAAUCACUCUUGUCACGUGAAUGCUGCAUGCAUGAACACCCUUGGAUCACAUGUAUGUCAAUGUCAUGCUGGGUAUACUGGAAACGGAGAAAACUGCACAGGUAAAUUUAAUCUCUUCUCUAAAAUAUAGUAGAAUAGUCCUGCAUGACACGUUCGACUACAGUGCUGCACCAUCCAGUUGCGUUGCAAGACAAUUAGACAAUUUAUCAUUAAGAAACUCGGUCAUUUUGUCCUCACGUGUUCACCUCCUCGAGUGUUCAAGUCGCUAUCUUAUGAGAUUAUAAACAGUUGUAAUCUCUUGGUAUCGAGUUGAACAAGAGAAGAAAAGUUACAUGACCGCAAGCAACCAUGUACUAUUUUGAUUAUCAUAUAAAUGCAAUAGGCCUUUACUGAGAAUGAAAGGUGACUUUUUUAAAGAAUGAUAUGAUUGGUUUCACAAUCCGCGAAAAAAAAUCGUAAAGCGCGUCGGCGAUAAGGGUCAAGAUGAAAAAAUGCGUUGAACCAUUACAGUGUGAAAACACGUUUUGCCUUCACAAAUAAACGGACGGAUGGAUGGGGACAACUCUUAAAAACUCCUUCUGGGUAAAGGCUUUCCUUGGGGGCACUCGCUGGCUGCGCGAAGGACCGGAAUCUAUUACGGCUGCUGACUAUCCUUGAGACAAUGACUAACAACAACAGGGUUGGCUCCAACGUAGAUUUAUUCUGCAAGCUGUACUACAGUUUUGACCAGAACGGACCUGGCCAGGGCUGGUUCGACCCCCCUCUUCUUUUCUCUCUUUUUUUUUUUUUUCAGCUUUACAAAACAGUUCUAUUUAAACCUAACGUACAUGGAUAAGGUAAUGCCAUGAAUAAUCUAAAGAGUCAUGUAAUCUACUACACUAUUGGCUCAGCAGGAAUUCCGCCUAUUACAACAUUAAUUACUUUCAAAGAGUUCCGGUGGAUAACAAUUACACAAAAGGACAUGACAGGUGGCUGUUACAGUUUAACACUAAUAACAACUGUUUACGGGUGACUGAAGGAGAACUGCAGUGGUAGCGUUUACGCUUUGCUGAACUUAGCUUUCUACUUUGAAUAUCAUAUCUUUUAAGCGCAAGCAUGAAAGAACUCGAUAACUAAAAAAUCCUAUCGUUACAACAGAAACAGACAAAGGGCGUAACUUUCUUUUCACAAAAUUCUCAGUUGAUUUUUUCCUUACCGAAAGAAAAAUAUUUUCAUGUAAAAGACACAAAUAGGCCUUUAGUGAGAAAAAAAUAGAAUUUUUUAAAGAAUGAAAUUAGAAGUUUCACAUUCCGCGAAAAAAAAGUCUACCAAGGAAGGCUAGCAAGGCUAAUCUUUGACGAUUGAUAUCCGACUACAGUUUGGAACGGUGUCUAGAGAGAGAUUCCACUGCAGUGGAAGUUUUUGUUUAGUCUAAAUUAAUAAUUAAUUUGUCACAAAGGGAAACGUAGGCAAAUUUUAAUCUAGCCGACGAAGCUACGAGCAAAGUAUGAAGUCUAAACAGAAGGAAAAAGGUUUUGUGAGUCGCUGAAAAAGGCUCGAGCAAAACUGUACUAACUAGCAAAAAUUUACAAGGGACGACGAGCGAUUCAACUUCCCUAGUUCUCAAUCAUGUUUUAGGGCUGUUAAAUCGGGAAAGGUUUCGUCAAUUUAAAAAACCGAUAAAUUACAGUGAAAUUCAUUUACAAUUUUACUAAACUCCUCCUCUUGAAGUUCUUUCCUUAAGGUUUCGUAUAUUUCAAACGCUUUCAGUAUUUUCUAUAAAAUUUACGAUAUUUCAAAGCUGAAAUUGCCACAAGUUUCAACUUGAACUUUUUUAACGCGAAUUUUGAUUAGUUUAUGUGUUGUCAGGCACACGAUUUGAUUGGCUAUUAGGAAACACUAUCCUCCAGAGCAUGUAUUAAGAAAUAGAUAAGUUAUUAAUGAACAACAUUUAACUUCUUCUGUAAUGUUCUUGGAGAGAUAUGUUUAUAUAAUAUAGGGUACUUUUUCCCGCGUUUACAUUCUCUCAUUUAAAGACUCGGCAAGCUGGGAAAUUUCUCGAAAUUUACGCUGCGUGUCGGGUUUGCAUAACUUUCUCAAAUUCUCUCAACCUCCUUUCAUGUUUAGAUGAGCGUAUGUAAACACGGGAAAAACGUUCUCUAUUGGUUAAGCAAUAAUCGGCUCCCAACGAAGUUGUCCAGGCAUAUCUGCUCACUUCGAAGAAAAAUUAUAUACUACACUACAGCUCCACUUCGACACAGCAAACUUUUUCACAGCCAAAUAAUUCUAACCUUACGCCAUUUUGUCCUCAUUUAAUAUAUGGAGAAUAAUACAUGGGUGCCCGUUGAUUUGGAAUUUCUCCUCGAGUGUUCAACUCGCUAUCUCAUGAGAAUAUAAACUGUUAUAAUCUCUUGGUAUCGAAUUGUACACGAGAAGAGAAGCUCCAUGACUGCAAGCAACCAUGUAUUAUUUUGUUUAUCAUAUAGACACAAUAGGCCUUCACUGAGAAGAAAAGCCUACUUUUCCAUAAAAUGGAAAUUGAGGUUUCACGAUCCCCGAAAAAAAAAUCGUAAAUCGCGUCCGUGAUAAAGCUCAAGAUGAAAAAAUGCGUCGAACCAUUACAGAAACAGAUGAUGGGCGUAACUCUCUUUUCACAAAAUUCUCAGUUGUUGACUUUUUCCUUAUCGACAAAAGAAAUAUUUUCAUGUACACGGCCAAAAUCGGCCUGUGGCAAAUCUCCCAGUUGUCGAUUUUCGUUUUCAGCCGCAAGAAAUACCAUUACUUAGGUCAAGUACGUAACUUUCGGUUUUUGUUUUCGUAUUUUGUUUUACUUCCGCCUCUAGGAAUUUUGAACGACACUGUCUGUUACGAAUACGAUUUUUUCUGUGCUUUAAGCAGCCAUUAAUCCGAUAAAAUCUCGACAAGCGACCCUGUAUCGAGAACGGUCAACGCUUUGCCAUUCAUUUAUUAACCUGACACAGCUGAUUGGCGAUAUCAAACACAUGUAAAAAACCAUCGUCAUAUUAAGCGCGUGCUGUUACGAAUUUUCUUAGGGCGGGAAAUUCUUCUAAAACACCGCAGUUUGUAUGAUGAUUUUUUUUCCAACUCAACUUUUUAGCCGAUCCGUGCCAUAAUUACAGAAACCUUAGCGAGGCUGACAGAAAGAGCACUUACAACACACCCUACGGUGGAGAAAAAUGUGACGACGAUUCCUCAUCCUUAAUAUUCGGGGAAUGGUAUCGUUUUGUGGGAGAUGCAGGAACAAAAAUGCCAACCCAGUGCGUACCAGAUAGAAGAUGUGGUGCGGUCUUCUCAGGCUGGCUGAGAGGUGGUCACCCCACACUGGCAGAUGAUGAGGUUUUAUCUGAGGUCUGCUUUACCAGAGGUGGAGAUUGUUGCAAGAAACCAAUGGAAAUAAAAGUGAAAGACUGCGGAUCCUACUUUAUUUACAAACUGCGAAAGCCACCUACUUGUCCUCUGCGCUACUGUGGCACAGACUAAAUGCUAUAAGCAAGUCAUUCUGCAAAGUAAAAGGGUUCACAAAUCGAUUUAUUGGCACGAACAUGUACAUCAAUGAUAACAGGGACUUAAAAAAUUUCAUAUGAUCCACUUUUUAUGAUUAUUUUAUGGUUAAACAGUGAGUAGUUUCAACACAAGAGUACCUUUGGACUGCUUAGUUUGAUCUUCCAGGUAAGAGUGCUCCUGAGAAGUUGUGACAGCAAGUAGUCAGUAAUAGUGACUGACGUUUCUAUAACCUCAGCGGAAAUCAUCAUCAGAGUCGACUGAACAAUAGUUGUUUAUCCGAGCAUUAGAACAGACUCCGUCCCCUAGCUAAUGUCAACAACUAUAGGCAUUAGUAAGCUUCCAAGUAAUCACAAUAUCUCUAUCUAUUCCAAUCGAGGUGCUUCACUAUGUAAGUUUUAAGCACUCUUGAUGUUUACUCAGGUCGUUAGAAACUAAAGCAGCUUAGGUGUGUUGUUGAUAGAGACUGUAAAUAAUUUCUAGAAUUGCAUAAUUGUUAGUCACUGUUACAUUGAUACUCAAACUUUCUGAUGACGUAGUAUGGAAAACUAGAACAUUCUAUUAAGCUAUGUAAUUAUUAUAUAUUUCUACCACAAUAGUUGUGUUGUAAACUUCGAAAUCCGGAAUGUUUUGAAGUACUGACUGUAAAUAUAUGAAAAUCAUGUAUGUGCACUGCGGUGAAGAAACGAAUAUAAGAGAUCCUCGCAGUUAUGAACACUACUGAACUAGUAGUUGAAAUAAGACCUGAAAAAAAUUCAGGCCUGGAAGCUGGUCAUUAUGUUGGAUCUCUUAUUUUCGUUUCUUCACCACAGUGCACAUAUAUGAUUUUCAUAUAUUUGCAGUCAUUAUUCACCACUUGGAAGGUUUAUUCGGAUCCAACAUAAUAAUCAGUAUCUAGUUGGCUUGUUAGCUCAGUUGUUAGAGCGCUACACCGGUAUCGUAAAGGUCAUAGGUUCAAAUCCCGUAAGGGCCUGAUUUUUUUUCAGGUCUUAUUUCAACUACUAGUUCAGUAGCGUUCAUAGCUGAGAGGAUCGCUUAUAUUCGUUUUGAAAUGCGUUUUGAAUGUAUAUAUGGACUCAGUCAGUUAGGACUAGUAUUUUUUUUUGUCGGAAAAGAUCAACUAUCUAAGGAGCUCUAACAAAAGAUAGCUCCGUACCGUGAUAUACUUCAAAGAUCGUCUAUUUUGAGGAGAUUUGGAGGCAAGGGUGAGUCUUUGGUGUCAGUAGAGAGCAAAGUUAUAGUUUAUAGUGGGCUUAAGUAAGUUUUUAAAUAACAAUUAUUUUAUUGCCUAUAGGAGUAGGUCAUGAGAAAUAAUCAUUACAAGUUUUUUAAUAGAAUAAAUUAAAAUUGUAGGAGUAUAGUAUUCCUUAUUUUGAUUAAAUCAUACCUUAACAGGUGAAUCUUGUAGGAAAACGUGUUGCUAGUAGAAAAUGCUUUCCAUGCUAGUAACUCUUCUACAAGCCAUUCCAGCGAAAACUAAACAACACCAGAAAGAGGCCCGAAAUGACGACCAGUUAAAACCUAAUUUAAUAACCUUUUCAGGCUUAUUUGCGUGUAUGCAACCGGUAACAGAGAAGGUGUAAUCUGUUACUCUGGUUGUUUUAGUUAUAACUGACAAUGGGCCUAAGACAAAUAGCACGUCUAAGUAAUCAGAGGUUUACUUGUCUUUGCUGCAUUUAAGAAAAUCUAAAUUGACUUUCCCAAAGCCUAUACCUUCUUAUCGCCUGCUAUUCAAAUUCUCUACAUGUAAAAAGUUUAAGGUUACAUGAGAAGAAAAUGAAUUAUCACUUUCCAGAUGUCAGUAAACAAAACCGAUUCCACUUUAUCUUUUUUUUGUCGUUAAAGGUACUAUCGCUAAUGUUUUUGAAGUGCAAAGUUCAUCAUAUUCCUUCAAGUGAAAAAUCGAUAAUCUUCGUAAGGGUUUCCGAACUUUAGGAAGAGAGAGGUUGAUUUGUCGAGAUAUCUCUUUCCUUUAGUGAGACAUAAAUCGCCAUCUGGUACCUUUCAAAUAUAUUAAUAUUUUCUAGGUUUGAUUGGACUCUCGACUCUUUAAAUGAGCUUUCCUCUAAAAUUUAUGACGACGAAUUUCUUAGAGAAACAGGUUCGUUGAUCAAUUCUCCCUUUAGUCAAUUAUUUGAUAGAAAAGAUCUUUUCAAGAAAUCCCACAGAACUGGUAUCUCUGAGACAAAAUUAAACGAUACAAUCGACUCGUUAUCAACGUACCCCGUAAUAAAAUUUGUAUCCGAUCCGUGUUAUGAAGCAGAGGGACGACGAAAGAAAUACCAUUGACCAUUGACGACACACCACUAAAUGGUUCAGUGUUCUGUGUCACACAACUCUCUAAGGGGUGGUACCGUUUCGUUACAGCUGUAGGAACUAGAACUCCAACAACCUGCGUUGAUGGUUAUAAAUGUGGUAAAGCCAACCUGCGCUGGUUAACCCUUUAACUCCCGGAGGCGAUUAACCUGUUACUCCUCCCAACAAAAUUCAUUCAUUAUCCAGGUAAUGAGAAUACCCAAACUUAUCAGGAAGAAGUUGUUUAACUGAUCUAACAUCAAACUCUCUGAGCACCUUAAAGGGAAAAUCAACAAUCAGAUCUUGUAGGUGUCUUUAUUUUCCCCACUGCUUAAAUAGUGUUCACAGUCAUUAAUUUUCUUUUCUGUUUUGCAGUCUGUGCUCUGUUCUGUUAUAAAGCACUUAGGAAGCGGCUAGAGCACGAAAGAAGUGUAGGGAGAAGCACUCGACUACGCCUCGUGUUUCUUCCAACUUCUUGAGUGCUCCAGCCGAGCUCAGCCGCUUCCUAAGUGCUUUACAACAGAACAGAUCACAGUUAAGGCUUCUUUAUUUGUUUCAUAAUAAAGAAUCCGUUAAAAUUCUCCACGCAUUACUUUCAAUUUUCAAAACAAACUUUAUUUCCAAAGCGAACAACAGCGUCGUCAUUAUGCUCUAUACUCUCAUAAAGCACGCCAUAAUACGCCAAUCAGAAUUCCUAUUAGAAUGGUUCAAAUAAUCUGAUUGGCUGCACAAGACUAAGCAUGCAGGUAAUUUAGUGUUAACAGCUGAGUUGAAAACGUAAAUUGGCCAUCGUAAAGAGUAAAAAAACUGACGUUUCGAGCGUCAGCCCUUCGUCAGAGCGAUUCGAGGAAUUGUGGGUUGUGCGUGGGUUUCUAUGCAGAAAGUGGAGCUACGCUAUUGGUGGGAAUAUGGCGACGAGAAAACAAGAAUAAAUAAGUUGAAUGAAAUGCGCUCGUUGAUACCGUGGGGAUUAAGAAUGCCGUUUGGAAGAUAAAUUAUAAUUUGCUCUAGUGUUUUGCGGCUUUCCGAAAUGCCCAGAUGUAAGUAAAGGCCGCAAACCGCCAUAUGUUGUUUUGAAUGAUUAGGGAGAUUAAAGUGUCUGGCGACUGGUUUGGAUGCGUCCUUGUCAUUUCUUUCCACGUCGCGAAGGUGACGUGGAAAUUCAUUGUUUCGUCACCUUCGCGACG